GCAUUUACUAGAAUAAAUCAUGACAGUUCCGGGAAUAAUGUAAAAACUGAUUAAUUUCAGCGGCAAUAUGCUUAGCGAGGCACUUCUGCUUGUGUCCAAAAGCUAGAAUGUUGUUUUUCGUCUUAGCGUUGUCUCUUAUUUCCAGCUUUCAGGAAACGAAGCAAGCUGUCGUUAAUACGUCAAAUCUCGACGCAAAUGGGUAAGUUGUGCCUCUGCACUUCCUUAGAAGAAAUUUAUCUUGAAAAUUGUGUGCAAACAUCUCGGAAAGCAAAAAGAUAAUAACAAAGUUUGUUCAUGUACAAGCAGUUUUAAAACAGUGGUAUAUAACUAUUUCAAGAUAAAUAGUAUAGGUAGUGAUAUGCAAUCUUAACUAAGCUUUACUUUCAGGACGGUAUUGUUUAAGUUCUAGACUCAAGGCCUUGCUUUUACGCGGUUCAAGAAAAUGUCAUUAAACAAAAUGGGAUAGACAAGACCAUUGUGGAUCCUUGGCAUUUUAACCAGGUGGGAACGGUUUUUCGACUCCCAGAUGGCUCCAAUAUUUCAGUCAUUUCUUUUGUUCCUUUUCAUCCUCAAUACCAUGGUGUAAGCGUGGAUAUGUUCAGCAUCGUUAGGAUACCGAUAAUCUAUCACAACAAUCGGAUAUGAAUUCUUUGUCUAUGUCAGGACAAAUUUCUAGCAGCUAGUUAGACCUUCUUUAGUGCCAUUUUGACUAACUGAUAACCACGUCGGGACGAAUCGAAAUUUGUAGGGGCGUAGGGUAUUUUCGUUUUACUUUUUGAAUCAGCGCCAAUAAUACACUUGGUAAGUGAUUUAAGAAAUGAUAAACUUCUAGCCGACAAUUUCGCUCAGCAAAACCACCAAUUAUCACUUGAUAUGGGCGUACCAUGACAAAAACCUAUGAGAUUAGUGGACUCAGUUCACUUCCUUCUAGAAAGGCAUUUUUCUUGCCAUCUUCGCUUUUCGCCUUAGGAUGGCCAUGGAUUCAUUUGCAACAUAAGCGUAUAGCUGUCGCAUUUUUUCGCUAGAAUUUUUAUUUCUUUGAGCCUAAAACAAUAAAAAAAUUCCAUCAGGCAAAUGCGACAGCUAUACGCUUAUGUUGCAAAUAAAUCCACCCUUAUAGGAAGUGUCGUCUAAAGUUAAUCUCCUUCAACACCACGCACCGUCUGAAUCAGGUUUAACUUCUAUCUUCAGGACGUUCAACCGUCUUUGUGAUUUCAAACACUUUUAGGUUCGCUUUAUCGGAUAUAACGUAAAACCAAAAGUUUUAAAUUUCACUUUCCUAACUGAAUUAAACUGUAAAAAUGCAUAUAAACAUUGACGGAAAGUAAACCAAAAUUUGCUUCUUCACCUUACAAGAUUUUUUUCCACAUUAACAAACUGAGGUGGCUGUAAAAAGAUUAACAUGGCACAAAACAAGGUUAAUUUGAUAGCCUGAUAGUUUUUUAUUGGAAAAUAAUGUUAAAGAGAAAUGUUACCAAGAGAACGUAAAUGUUUCGUGCUCCAUUGUUUGAGGAAAAAAAGGAAAGAAGUUAUGUAGUAAAAUACGCAUCAGUAAAUUUCAAGCCGCGAUCCUUUAGUAUAUAAUAUGCAAUUAAAAAUAGACUCGAACCACUUUGAGGGUUGAUUUCCACUGACGCGUUUUUGGCCACGCACGGUAACGCACGUAACUAGAAUAGAGGCAAGAUAUAAAGUGUUGAGAUUAAACGUGAAGUUGAGCAAACUUCAACUUUUACGCUUACGAGCGACCGUUCAUGCUUGCCUCUUUUUUAUUUGCGAACAUAAAUUUUACGCACGUACGCACGUAAAAAUUACGCGAUAGUGGAAUCAACCCUGAGGGAUGAAAAAUAAUUCAAACAAGAAACUUCAAAAAUCAGCCAGAGGUAUACAAUGUUGAUGGUUCAAAUAAUCAGGAGUUUCGAUUGUUUUUACCGAUAAAAAGUCAGUAACUAUAGUCGACAUAUCAAACAUGGAAACAGUUUGUGGUAUUUUCAAAAUGAAUGGAAAAUAGUUUUUUGUCUGAUGAUUUCAAUGCCCUCCGAUAGUUUCCCAGAAGUAAUGGCUAGACACAACACGCAAACAUUUGAACACUUUUUAAACUUACACUUUAUUUAGGUUCAAAUUAUUAAUAUGCCUUUUAGUUACAUCCGUCUACAGAUGAUUUGUUUGGUAAUACUUAGUUUCAAAAACAGCAUAAUUUUUAGAAAAGAAAAAUUAAUUAUCAUUGCUAGGGUCUCGUUUACUAGUAAACAGGAAAAGCGGGCUUCACUUUCGCAAGAACAAAGCAUGCACCAGCAUGCCUUGGCACAUUUCCCGUAAAAAGGGAACAAUGAGGGAAGAAAAUGAAAUAUUUUCUUUUUCUUUCGGUAGAGUUAGUAGAUCAGACUCUGAGCCACCUAGUGAAACACUGAUAUUAUCAUUGAAAACAACGGUUUUUUAAGUGCAUGGGAAAAUAAAGUCAAGAUGGUCGUUAGGAUGAAUGUUUUUUUUUUGUUUUGCUUUGUUUUAACCUAAGCUCAUUUCGUCACCCCUAUUGCAUUCGGCGCUAGUAGAGUGCAUACGGCCUAAUCUCGGGCGUAUUAUGUUACCAAACGGAGAUUUUCUUGCCUCUGGUCGUUCGUGUACCUUUUUAGCGUCUUGCUUUAAUACUCUAUGCUCUUAGUUAUUGUUCUACGUAAGAAGGAGGCAAAAAUCGCUAAUUCAGUGCAAUCAAUUAGCAAACGAAUGAAUGAACUUUAUUUAAGUGUCAGAGUAUUUAGCUAGAUAUAAACUAAUUGUGCACACGAAAAGAACAUUCCAAAUACAAAAAAAAAAAUUAAAAUAGGGAUGCUACGAGUGCUAAAAAUCUAUUUUAAAAUUUACAAUCAUUUUGAAAACAAGGAAGGUUCAUAAUAAAAAUCUAAAAAUCUGCACUAUUCACAAAUUUAAUAUCGCUUAUAUAGUUCAUAGAAAAACUGAUAUUUGGAAUAUUCACGAAUUUAUAAUUUUUUAAUUAAAAAGUGACAAAAUUCCAUUGCAAACGUGGUUAAGUGAUAUAUAAGUAACAAUUGGUGCACGUACCCUUUAUAAAAGAAGUCAAGUCUUUCUUUCUGCAGUUCCAUCUAAACUUGUCCAGCGAGGGUCGCUGUCGAUUAUUUGAAGAUAGUCUGAACCAAAGGUAUUGGCCCAGGUACCUAAUAGAGUGUUUUCCAUAUCUCACUGCUAAGUAGCGAGGUAUCAUCAAAAUCUGCAUCCCUUAGAGAGUACCCUUUGUUUGCAAAAUUGAAAAGUUCACCUAUGUAGUCAGGGGUCAAACUAUUUCUAACUUGAUACAUUAAAAUUACAAUCUCUUGAAGCCUCUUAUUGUAGAGAGAGGGCAAGUUUGCACUGCGUAGAAGGUCCUCGUAAGUGUCUGCCCUGCAGUUGUAACAUAUUGCUCUUCAAGCGCGUUCUUGCUGUCUGUCCAGCUUUCGUCUCUCAGAUUGCUUACAAAAAUGACAAUACGUCAGGUGACGAAGAAUUGCUGUUAGGUACAGUUUAAGCUUGGUCUUGCAUGAGAUUAGAUUGCGUAGUCUUGCUAACACCCCUAUUUUGCUACUCGCUUUUUUACAAAUGUCGCUUAUGUGUUUAGUGAAACUGAGCUGAUCAUUUAUGUUUACUCCAAGAAUUCUUAAAUCAGCCGUUGGUUUGAAUUUUUGAUUAUUGAUGUCAAGAGUAUACACUAAUCCUUUGCUUCCUUGUCAAUGUUUCGAGGCGUCAUUGCUAAAACUUGGUACUUCUUUGGGUUGGCAUGGAUGUCCGUUUUGCUAGACGUAAUUAAACGAUAAACCGAUAAUCGAUAAUUAUCGAUCCUAAUCGAUAACAAUCAUACAUGAAUAUCGAUUUCCAAUAUCAGUCGAUAGAAAUCGAUGAAGAAAAAGUUGUGACGUCGAUUAAUAUCGAUUUCCGAUAGAAAUCGAUAAUAAUUUUUUAUUGAUUCUUAUCGAUUUUUAUCGAUUAUUAUCGGAGAAGACUUGAGUCAUUUUUCGGUAGAAGUUCAACAUUAACGCGAUGUUGUCCGUACGCUAUCAUUGAGUCAUUCACUCGUGAAAUUAAGCAGUUUUUUUUACUUAUCUGUUGAUAAAAUACCGGUACUAAAAGAACAAAACACUAACAGAAACAAAGUACUCUUUGUUUUAAAAUUUUUAGCUUAACUGCAGAUCAUAAUAAGGAAAGAAAUAUUAGUACGAAAGUGGCAGAAAAUAAGCCUCUGUCGCUGUAGCAACUACAUAUACAUGGAACAUAAUAAAGAACAAAAUCAGUGUUCUUAUGAUUUCAAUGAGUAGCAUUAAGAAAGAACUACGUCUGGAUUGAAUGGACAUGUAAAGAUCCAUAAUACAAAUCAGGAAACUAAAGAACCAAAAAAUUGAAAUCUGGUGAAGACUGCGCCUGAAGGAGUUACUGAAGUCAUCAAAAAUAAAAUGUGUUCAACAAAAGCCGGUCUCAUCGGUUUUGCUUGCCAAAUAGCGUCGUGAGGUUCAGAAUAUUCACUUCAAGAUUAUUGCUUUUUAUCGACUACUAUCGAUUCCUAUUGAUUGUUAUCGAUUUUGUUAAUCGAUAAUAAUCGUUAAAAUAUUUUUUCUGUGACCUCGAUUUCUAUCGAUUACCGAUAUCAAUCGAUUUUAAUCAGCGGAUUAAAUCGAUUAAUACCGAUGAUAUCGAUUGAUUUCCGAUAUCGAUUUUUAUCGAUUAUGAUCAUCAGCAUACAUGAACAAGUUACUGGUGUGUACGUUCAGAGAUAAGUCAUUUUGAAACAAGAUCCAUAGCAGCGGACAGAGUGGUGACUUGUGGACAACCCCUUAACUGGUCUUUCCACGUGCUUGUCAUAUUGCUGAUUUUAACGCAGUUUUUUCGCUCGAUGAAAUAGGAACGAAGAGCUCUAAGGACAAGUUUCUUAAUCAUUAGCGCAGAUCCAACUUUUCAAAUGCCUUGCUCACGUCCGUUGACAAAACCGCUACGCAUUCCUCGUUAUCCAUAGCUUUUCUCCAGUCCUCCAUUAAGCGGGUUAGUUUGAUCUCGCAGCUGUGCGUUUUCCUGUAAGCAGACAAUAUAUCAUAUAAAUGGGUAUCUAUUUUCUCUGUGAACGUUACUGCCUUCAGGGCAGUUACUGGUCUGUAAUUAGCCAAUAAUCAGCCCUGUCCUCCUUUUUGAAAACUGGGGUCCACACUCCCCUCUUCCAGUUACUCCGCCACUGCCCUCUUUGAAUACAGGUGUUAAAAAGAUUUGUUUUACGCAGGUGUAAGACUGACUGCCAUUUGCUUCAGAAUUUUAAUGAAGGUUGCGUCCCAUCCCAUGGCUUUUUGCCUUCUUUAACUCGUUUUCGACUGCACGAGAGUCUAUCUUGAUGAAUUCAAAGUGAAGACUGUGGUAAGAAUGGCGAAUUGCUUCCACGCUCCCAUGCGUUUUAAAGUCUUCUUCGCCGAGUUGAGGGACAUGUUGGCCUCCAAUUUCGUUUGCCAUCGUGGAGAAGUAAUCUCCAAAUAUUUCUGCUACAUUUCUUUGGUCGCUAAUUAUGCUGUCAUUAAUCCGUAUGGAAAUGUUUGUGGUAUCGGUUACUUUUCGAACUUAGAAAUAGGUUGAAGGUCUUAUUAGAAUUCUUUUGGUCUCGUUUUCAAUUUACUGGACUUCUGUGCCCAAUGGUUUUUAAUAGCUUUUCUCCUCUCCCUGUAGCGAUGUUUCUCCACUUUUGUUUUAGCUCCCAAGUUUCAGGUGAACAAUUCCUCGCGCACGUUUGUGCAUACUUUCUUUCCUUUUUAAAGGUCAAGUAAUACGGGCAACAUUUUAGCUAAACUUGUCGCGCGAAGGUUAUCUUGAUAAAUAAUUGACUGACUAUUCUUGAAUGUACAGGAUGACUGGCCGAGUAAUGCCCCGAACUGAUCAUGAUUACCCUCCUAAUAUUGAUUGAACACUGCUUUAGGCAACGUGAAAAGGGAUUUUAACACGGCGCAUCAUGUUUAGGCUAAUUCUAUAUCUGAACGUGAGGCUUUUAAUCAGUCUCUUCCAAGAUCGGGAGAGUAUUAUUAAGAAUCGACUAGUUACACCAUUAACUUUUUCAGGCAGAACGUGUGCUCCAGGCAGACUGUACAGACACAGACAUACUAUACGGUCACAGCAACCACAGUCUACACAGCCACAACUACGAGCUGCGGUUGGUUUGGCUGGUUUAGAUGCUCUGCGUCACGGUAAGUAAGAAGUUUGUAACACUGAAGUAGUGCGGUAUUGACAACAGCAUACUAAUGAAUAUCGCGGCAGAAAAUUAUAAGAUGAAGUGUGCAGUGUCUACGAAAAAGAAUUUCACGUUGGCUUUUUUCACUUUAACUUUUACCAAGUAUUUUUGCUGACAGCGUGUGCCGUCCCAAUGAUUCCACGAUGCACUGGUAAUCACUUUUGGGCGUAACAAUGUAUUCUCGUUUAAAGUGCUCUUUGUCACACAGUUAAGACCCGUUAAUGGUUGACAGCCAUUGUAUCCAAGACUAGAGGAGAUACAGGCAUUCGUCAUUUUACACGCUUCCAGUUAGGUCAGUUAUUCUGACUCGAAGACAGAGGAAGAAAAUGGGGUACGCUGAUAUUCACUCACACAAUACCAGAUGUGCAUCAAAUCUUACUUUUCGUGUGCCACGUAUAAGGUCAAAUUAUGGCAAACACACUUUUAAGUUUGCCAUAACCAAAAUCUUGGAAGAGAUUCCUACUAGCAUGAAAACACUCAGCUACUACCAAUUCAAAAAACGAUGCAAACGAGUUCUGCUUAAAGGAGCUGUGUCACGAAAUUCAGCCAGAUUAGGAAAUUACAAAAUGCCCAUUAGAUUAAGAGAAACGUAAAAAUAACCGCUUAAAACAUUAAAGGGAGGUUAAAAUAACACAACAGAAACAACAGAUACCACGGAUGGGGAAAACUGAAGAAAAUUGAAACGGAUUGAAAUUAGGUUUUUUGAAAACUCUUCAGUCUAACAGUUUUUCAAAGUUGAUUCCUGCUGCUUGCAACUUCAAAAAUAAUGCUCAGGUGACAUAUUUGUUUGUCUCGGAUCUCUGAUUUUGUAAUUUACCUGUAAAUUCCUUGCUUACUUUAAGUUCCAUAGGAUUGUGGGCGAGUAAUUGGCAAAAUUAAACAAAAUGAACUGUGACGUGACCAGGCCCCUUUAACUCUUAAAGUUAACUACAGAUAAAUGACUGUUUCACAUUAGCGUCCAUAUUUGCCAUGGCACCUAUCGCACAUAAUGAGUAUUUCCAUUCAUCAUAGCGGUGGUUAGCUCGAAAGCUAAGCUCCUCUGACCACCGUCCACUUCUAUCAACCAUUAAUUUCUUUCUUUUCUUUUAUUCCUUUAUUUGUUAUUUUAUUCCUAUGUUACUGUAUACGGUGUAAAAAUUGUAUAUAACAGUGAUUAAACUUACUGAACUGAACUCUCAUAAAGGGUGUACUUGCUAACCAGUGGUUUCGAAGGUGAUUUGACACAAGUAGUUCCCAAAGAAUCACAUACGAAACACAUAUAAAUAUAAAUAUAUCUUAUUUCAUAAUUUUGUUUCAUCUUCAAUUGGAUGCCAUUUAAAUUCUAUUUAUACUAUUUUCUUUGAACUAAAGAGGCACUUUGAGGUAGUAAAUGAAUUAAACAGCGAUCAAUUCAAUGUUUACUUCUGAAAUCCAUUUCCGGGGCUCAAACCCCGCCCUAACCGCUAGGGGGUAUCGGUACGUAGUGCUGACUUCAUUUCCUAGGCCUCGCUUUGUAAACAGCUGACGUUUUUACCUCCUGCCAGAUUGGAUUCGUAACCUUGCUACGCUUAUUUGAUUCCUUUAAGUUAUUUUCUUUGUCCAGCUAGCCUUUGUAUUAUAAAUACUACCGCGGAUUAUUACCCCUGCUACGGUUUUGAUUUUGCAUCGGUAACUGUUUAUUAGCCUUGUUUUAACCUCGUUCUGUUCCUUGUGUUCCUUGAAAGAUCAAGAACAGCCUACCUCUCUGUUCAGAGAACAAGAAGCAUCUUUGUGACAGUCAUUUAUUGCUGUAGUGGAUGGCAGAAAGUUGACUCCAGUUCAAGAGAAUGUAGACAAGGUACUAGCCAAAGGCGAUUUUGAGUGAAGCACGUCAGUCGGAAGAAGUUGUUUUGUAUUCUUGUGCAGUGGUUUAGCCAAAAUUUUCAGGCAAAUCGCCUCGAUAAGGGAAAAGACACUUAGCGAUACAAGUAGGCCAUUUCCGAGUUGCCCCGGGCCUCUGUUUCAAAACGAGGGUAGGUGCUCAGCCUUUGAUAUGGAAAUCAUUUUCACUCUCAUGCAAAUAAAACUCAUUUUCACAAGAAAUGUUGUGCACCUAGCCUCAUUUUGAAAGUGAGGGUCUUCGGAACUCGGAAGUGGCCUAUUUCGUAGCGUCAAGGCAUAUUUAAAAGGAAAAGGACUCACUUCCGGUUGUAUCCUGCGAUGAGGCGUUCUUUCUUCGCAGAAAGGGCGUAAAUCGGCGGACGGAAAAGGGGAUGAAACUUUCCUUUUGGCCUCCCAUACAAAGAGGGAAGAAGGAAAGCGUGAUUGCAGGUUAUUCCUGUUGACGUGCGUCGCUCAAAAACGCCUUUGCUCGUUUGGAAUCAUUUGUUUGGUUCAUGUUUUUGCGAACGUGACGGUGCACAACGUUCAAUAGCAUUCCUUCCUAUUAUUUUGAUCUUUCUGACCAAUAAAAACUCCUCCAUAAUUUAUUCUGUCGUAAUCUGUGAACGAAAGAACAAAGAACAGUGCACCGUCAGGGUGUUCCGAAUGAUAAAUUCACAGCUGCACUGUUGUUUUUUAUCAGCUUUGAUGUUUGCCGUCUUUCGCAACACCAGACCUUCUACUGACUAUGCUCUGAUUAUUAGUCCCCUAUAAUCCUGUUAACCGCUCUAUAAAAAAGCCCCAAAUUCUUCAAACUGAAUGAUGAUAAUCUUUAUUGAGGAUGGCAGCUUUACGUAAACCAGUGAUUUACAGGAGGGUCCUCUUAGACUAAAAUCACUAAUAAAAAUAAUAAUUAUUAUUUACAAGUUAAAAGUUUAAAAAAUUUACGUGAUAAAAGUUUAAAAACAUGGUUUUUAAAGUUCUAAAAAAUGAGAUGUACAUCAAUAAAUUAAAACUAAGAGCCCAAGAACAUACAUUUAAUAACAUAUAAGCAUAUGACGAAAGUUAUUGAUGUUGGCGGAGUCUCACUUUGGGCGAGCUCUGUUUGCUGGGACACAAAAUGAUCACAAACCCAUUAUGGGGUAUUUUGGCCACGGAAGUGGCUGUUUAUUAGAUUAAAGCAUAUAAAGCUGGGAAAACCAGAUACACAAGAACAUUAUGCCAGCAAAGGUGAGGGUACACCAGUUUAGUUCAGUGGAGGUCAUGCACGUGAACAUAUAGAAAUAGAAUGGUAAGGCUGUUUACAAAGCCCUGCUUACUGAGAUGGAUCAGGGUAACCAACAGAAAUGUACAUGUUUGAAUGAAUGUGACGGGUGUAUGGCCCUUGCUCACACUGUCAUAUCGUAUCUGAUACAGAUCAAACAGUGUGAAUCACUUAAGUUAACUAACAGUUUAAAAGUAAAAAUGAAUGAGAUAACUGUAUGGCCCUUAUUCACACAGCCAUCAUAAAUUACACUUAUUCACUAUGCAUAAGCAAAUGAAUUAGUAGGUAUUUACUUAUUAACAGGUACUUUAAAAUUUCCCAGCAUUAUGUUUUCUAUAAAAGAAUUAAGGGUAUAACGUCUACAGAAACUGAGGUGCUGCGUUGGUCGGGCAGUGAAACAAAAAGGAUGAAAAUUUGACGUUUCUAACGCAAGCCGUUAGUCAGAGCAAAAUAUUUGACGGAGGGUAAGAGCUCAAAGUAACCCCCGGGAAGAGCCUACCUUCAAAUGUAAGAUACAUGAAGACGUGCCGCGGGUUGGGGUGUGGUUUUUGAGUUACUCAGUCCUAGACGGUGUCGAUUUUGAUUAAGAGAUCCUAAUUAUGUUGUAAUGAAUAAUUUGAGGGAUAAUCUUCUGAUUGAUACAGGAUUAUAAACUAAAUAUUAGCAGAUAAUUUGCUUCAAUAUUUCCUUUUCUUUUCCAUAUAUUAGCGAUAUGUUCUCAAGGAUGUCACCCCAGUCACGGGAGUUGUAUUGCACCAGAUAACUGCCAAUGUCAAUCCGGUUGGACUGGUAACAACUGUGCGCAAGGUAUUCAGACUUUCCCACUGGUUGCAUUGUGCUCAGAAAUCUACAUGACUCGGACCUCAUUUACCUCAUAUUACUCCCUAUUAUUUGUAAUUUUCAUAUGGUAUCACGCUUCACAGAAUUGCUCGCGUUUAGAUGAGCUAGGGGCUUGGGAACUCUUUGUCUAUCACGCCAAAGGGAUGAAUGUCAUAAGCGUUAUCGGGCAUAACUUACCCUCAGGCCUCAGUCUUGUUCAUAUCAGUAAAACACUGGGGAGAAAAUGAUUUUUUCCAUGUUUUUCAUUACCCACGGCACCUUCUUCACCAUUAUCAUCAUCGUCAUCAUCUCCUUGGUUGCCCCGUUGUGUUUAUCCAUUUUCACGUCUUCCCUUCACUUUUUUCCUAAAUUUUAUUUUUUGAUGACGUGAUUAAUCAUUUACGUACUUUCUUAUAUUCUUUUACUUAUCGUAUCCAAGGAUGUGCACACUAUUGCAAAAAUUGCUUAAAAAAAGAGAUCGACAGUUUAAAUUCAACUGGCUGAUUUUGUAAAGUUUAAAUGCAGUUUUUUUUUUUUGCUUCAUAGACUUAGAUGAAUGUGCUGUAAACAACGGUGGAUGUGAUCAUGUGUGCACUAACACACAGGGUUCUUAUCAGUGCAGUUGCAAUCCUGGAUACACCAAAAGUGGUCAGCGAUGCCAUGGUAUAUUCACAAUUGUUAAUAUUUUUAAAACUGGCAGAUCGCUAUAUAUUUUACUUCAAUUUUAACACAUUCGCAAAUCUGAAAAGAAUUCCCUUUCUGCAAUAUCAAUAUCUACAUAUGCGUUUCGAAUUUUCUUUUUCUGUAUAAGCAAUACUCUGGUUUUUUCUUAGCCCUUCAUAUUAUGAGUUACACUCACGAAUACAAUAAAUGCGAUUCUAUGCCAGCAAAUUAAGCACUAUGCAUCCGAAGAAUUUGAAAGCGUUUGCCUUAAUUGUUCAAGUAAGUAAAGGCCAACUCAGUAAAACUAUUUAUGAAAAAUGGUGCAGUCUUAUUGAUCAGCGUAGAGUUUCGGUAAUCUGGGACGCAGUCAACCUCGUUCCAGAUUCUCUUCUUUCCUUGGCAACGAGGAUGCGUCACUUUUCUUUCCCUGGGAACGAGGCUGGGAUGCAGUGAUAUGGUGUCUUCUCUAAACAGAGUUACAAAAUGCAGCAUAGCAUGGUCUGGUAUAGGCCAAGGGUUCCAGUGGCACGCUCCAUCAAAAAUUCAUGGAGUACCCCAGCUGGGUCUUUCAAUCGAGGCGAAUUACUUUCUUUUAUGACUAUUGUUCAUUUCUUCCCAGAUAUUAACGAGUGCCUGACAAUAGUUCCCAGUCCUUGCAGUUGCGGUGUAAGCGGCGAGCCUUGUGGUGCAAACUGUAUCAACCUUGUGCCCAGCUUCACUUGUUCCUGUGCACCAGGAUUCCAGCUUAGAAGUGGCGGAACAAUUUGUGACGGUAAAAACUACUACUUUCUUGUGAGAAGAAAGUGUUUUUCCAUGUGGAAUGUGCUAGGGGUGUCAAUAAAUGUCUUCUUUUAUUUUGAUAUGAUCUAAUAAUAGUCUCUAGGAAUUUCCAGCUUCCGCAUCUUAUUGCAAUUUAUUAUUAUUUUUUUGUGACUAAAUAGUAACAGGUCGGUAUCUUCUAAAAAAUACUUCAAUUUCCGGCUUCUCAAUCUCAGUUCACCUUAGAAAAAAAAACAUUCUGUCUCUGAAUUUGCUCUUCAGAUAUCAACGAAUGUUUAACUGGGAAUGGAGGAUGCGAACAGAGUUGUAACAACUUUCCAGGGAAAUUCUCUUGUGGAUGUUAUCGGGGCUUUCGCGUGACAGCCAGUAAUGAAAGCCGAUGCGAAGGUAAAGAAAAAUGGAAAUACCGUGGCUCAUAUAGGACAUCCAUUUAUUUUUUUCACAUUUUACAUUUGCAACUCGAAUUUUUACUACAGAAAUUCGAGUUGUGUGCAUUUCGAAAUUUGCAACUCGAAUUUUAACCUCAAAAAUCCGAGUUGUGUGCGUUUCAAAAUUUGCAACUCGAAUUUUAACCGCAGAAAUUCGAGUUGUGUGCGUUUCAAAAUUUGCAACUCGAAUUUUAACCGCAGAAAUUCGAGUUGUGUGCGUUUCAAAAUUUGCAACUCGAAUUUUAACCGCAGAAAUUCGAGUUGUGUGCAUUUCUAAAUUUGCAACUCGAAUUUUUACCUCAGAAAUUCGAGUUGUGUGCAUUUCUAAAUUUGCAACUCGAAUUUUUACCGCAAAAAACCGAGUUGUGUGCGUUUCAAAAUUGCAACUCGAAUUUUAACCGCAAAAUCUGAGUUGUGUGCAUUUCAAAAUUUGCAACUCGAAUUUUUACCGCAAAAAUCCGAUUCAGCUCAGAUUUUCACUGCAAAGGUUCAAGUCAAAAUUCAAAAUCCGAGUUGUGGAUUUCAAAAUUUACAACUCGGACUUUUUCGUGUAGCACGUGGUUACCUUCUGAACGGUCAGGUUAUCCUCUUCCACUGGAUGGGUAAGCAAUUUCAUUACGCUUCAUUUGAGAGUUUUGCAUAUAAUAAUGCGUAUUACAGUGCAUGUGAUAGAGUAAUAAUUAAUUACCUGAUUUUUACGUUUUGCGUUGAAAGGGCUAAUGAAUCAUGACGUUUGUGUCAUCGAACCUGCUAUUGAUCCUGCUUCUACUGAUAGAGUCUGUAUCGUUAUCUGGAAGUGUCCUUCCGGGGUAUAUAGCACCCAUACAGGAUCAUACGCAAUCUUGUAUCCUUGUUAACUGUUCUAAUUUUGCGUAAAUCUGAUUUUUGUUUUUCAGCCGCUCUGCCCUUUCUCCCUCUACUCCACCGGAACUGCAGAACUAAGAUGUUGUUAUCAAAAAUUUAUUUCUUACCUUCUUGUUAUGCGCUAUAUUUUGCUUCAAGAGAAGUGCUCAGUAUUAUUCGUGAUGAUGAUGAUGACCGUUAUUUUUUAUUUGUUAUUAUUUAACUUUAUUUUUGUCAUCAUUUAAUAUCAUUUUUCUUAUUAUUUUUGAGCCACGUUUCAUAUGCUGACUUGAGUUUCUUGUCAAGUCUCUGCAGCAUUAGUCUGUGUGCAAGCUCGCAUGGCCUUAGUUUUUGUAAAAUGACUUCAUGAGAAAAAGCACUUUGAAGAGGUCAAAUUCCAAUCCAAAAAGAUUAUGACGAUCAAGAUAAUGAUGACGACGGCUAUUAUUAUUAUUAUUAUUAUUAUCAUUAUUGUUAUGAAACUUGUCAUUAGAGAUACAAGUUAAAUUUCCCUUGAUAAAGCUUAACUUGAAAGGUGAAGAACUCCUCAAACACUACUUCGAUUUAGGCUUCAGUUAUUCCGAAAUAUGGGCUUUGCUAGCCUUUGCUCAUGGGAUUUAUUUCAGGUAACCGUAUGCGGAACUCCAGCAUUGCACUAGUGACAGUUGUUACUGAGUACAUGGACAGGAUUUUCUAGUAAUAUUAGACUCUACAAUAUAAUCUUCUCCUCCUUUUAGUAUGCGUCACAUAAGGCGAAUGCUUAACAGCACGGGCCUAUAUAGAAGGAAACAUAAAAGUUGUGCUAGAGAAGUUAUUGCAGCCAUUUCGGUAAGCCACCCGCCUAGCCUACAUAUUUACAAGUCCGGGAGUAGCUUUGGGUAUCGCGCAUUGAAUGGUUACGAGAUCUGAUUUAAGCUACAGUUAAUAUAUGGCACGGUUCUUUAAUCCGUAAUCUGUGCAUUCGGUUUGUAGGUAUUACAACACUGUCACUGUAAAAUUAUGUUGGCCACAAAUUUUCCGUGUGGUGACAAGACUAACAAAAAAGAAUGUUCGCAGUAAUUUGUUUCUUCCAUCAUUAUCAUCAGAGUGAGUUAACAGGGUCUGCGAACUGCAUUGGGUACUGGCUAGUGAUGCAUCAGAGGCUAAGAAAUGAUCAUCACCUUGUUGUAGACAGGUGAGGGUAAAUAGCUCCAGCUAGCUCCUAUCAAGCUAGUGAUGUUUUUAUGAUGAGUGUGCCAUGCUUUUUGCGGGUCUUUUAGUUUCAGUCUUAUCUUUGUGUUUCAUUUAUUUUGUUACUUAAAACCUUUUUUUCCUGUCGAUAGAGAAACUGUUUGAUUGGCUUUGAAAAUGAUGGACCCAGAUGGCGUUGCAGAAAGGAAAAAACACUGGUUGAAACGACGGAAGUACUUCUCCCCGGCAACUUCAACCUCCUAUUUACUAGUGAACGGUCCAAAUUCUUAUACGUGCUGUCAAAGAUAGGCAGAUAUAUGAAGGUAUUUACUUUUUAUUUCAGGGACCAAAUUUUCUUAGGCACAUUGAUGGCUAUGAUAAAUUAAAAGCAUACGGCUUUGCAAUUCAUGGAUGCAUUGAUGGGUAGAUUAAGUGCACUCGUCUCAUGCUCAGUUUACUUUGAAUUUGAAUUAUCCCUAGUCCUUAUGUGCCUUGUUUCGUUCAUACCCACCAAUACCUCACCGUUAACCUUUUUUAUAGCUAUUCUAGACGGAUUAUGUGGUUGGAAGUCAGGAGCACUAACAACGAUGCUGCUGUAAUUGCUGAUCACUUUCUGGGUUGCGUCUGCCAGAUGAAAGGUAGAAUUUGGCUGGUUUGAAGUCCCCUUCUCGAACCUUCCAAAGCCCUACACGUGUAAUAAAGAUCCUUGUCGUUAUUCUUUUAAUUUUAGGGACCGCAAGGAUUGUUCGUGCCGGUCCUGGAACCGAGAAUGUAAAAGUGGAAGUCUUACAAAAAAAUUUUUAGGGCCAACGGACGCGACAGCUUUUCUGGGGACAAAAGGUUUAUGUACGGAAAAUCCACAGCAAAUCAGUUAAAAAUAACGCCAACCAAUUUUAGUUACUGUGCCUGGUUACACAUUUGCAGCUGGCUGCUUGCGUGGCAGGAGCUAAAAAGAGUUAGAUAUUCUUAGAUCACACAGCUUCAGCUAGUGUUCUCUUACCUUGUGUACAAGAAGUUUUGUCUGCAUGCCGUGCGGCUGGAUGCUUCCAACCGCACAGUUUUCUUUUUUCGCGCGGUAUCACUCUUUUUUUUUUUCAGGAAUGUUGUUUUCCUGGCCCAGGCUGAGUAUUCUUAUUUUCUGCCCAUUUUAGGAUAACAAUUCUCUUGUAUUACCUUAAAUGAUAGGUUUGGCAUUUCUGUUUUAUAAUGAUGGGGAAAAUAUUCGCCCUUGACGAUAUAAGGUUUAAGCACUGGAAACUCAGAAGUUAUGGGGAGACUGGUACGCGAUUAAUAAAUGAACUUGUCCUAGAGUAUAUGCAAUUUUUUCUUUGUAUACACUUUAUUACCAACCAAACGGAAGGGGACCGAGGGCAGGAGCCUGGGUUUGUCAGCUAAAAUCAAACUCCUCUUUUGCACUUGUUUUAAUGAUUUCAUGGAAUUGAAAGCAAAACAAAAUUCGCAAUUAGCUGACAUGGGUCUUUCCUUCAAUAGCAAACUGUUCUUCUGGUUCCUACUACAACACAGAGAAGGACGCGUGCGAUAAAUGUGCAAUUGGUACUUACCAACCUGGACAAGGUCAAAAGGAAUGUAUUUCCUGCGGUGAAAAUCUUACCACACUGCUUAAAGGGACGGAAAAAGAAUUAGAUUGCAUCGGUAAGUUGUCCAUUUACUAAUAUCGUUACAUUCGUUUACUUCUGGCGUAGUAGCCAAUCAAACAAGAUUUGAUCAUUUUGUGUUUCAAAGAUCAUAAGACAAUAAAAAAAUUUACUGAUAAGAGAGAUCUAUACUGACGCACACUGUCCUGUCCAAAGGAAGCCAAACACACCUUCGAUACUGUAAGGAAAAAUUUUUUUUAUUUCGCAAAAACCGCAAUCAUUUCUUUAUUCUGUUGUAUAGCUUAUGUUCAAAUUCGGACGCUCCGGUUUCAUCGUAUCCUUUCUAACGAUGGAACAUUUAUUAAAGACUUUAAGUUACUGACUUUACUGCUUGUGUUCGUCUUUGUAGCUGACUGUCCAGCUGGUUCAUUUAGUACACCCAUAAACAGAACGUGCAUCUUGUGUCCACGCGGCACUUACCAACCUUCAAGAGGUCGGCUGUCUUGCCUUCCGUGCGGUCAAAAUCUUACCACUACGUCAGCUGGAACAGUGGAUAAAAUCCAAUGUUUUAGUAGGUUCAAGUAUGUAUGUAUGUAUGUAAAUCUUUAUUUAAACACGGGAAAUCAUCAGUUAAGCUUAAGUUAAAAACUAAAACUAAUUACAACUGCUUUACAUGAUUGCCGUGUGGGAAUCCGAUAUCGACCGAUAUAUCAGCUACCUUCUUGAUAUUUCUCUUAAAAUGCUCAACGGAUGCAGCGUUUUUUAAGUUUUUGGGCAAGUUAUUCCAUAACAUGGCCCCGCUGUAAGAGAAGCUUCGUUUCAAAUAAUUGGUGCUUGGUUUGGACAAGGUCAGCCUUCCCUCAGAGUUUCUUAAGUUGUAAGCAGAGUGACGCUGAGAGAAAAGACUUUGCAGAUAUUCUGGAGCAAGGUCAUUGUGCAUUUUACUUGCUUUCUUCAAGUGAAUUAACUUUUUUCUGUUUUUUUAGUUAUUGUUCUCUCGUCUUAAGUCUAGUAAGUAAUCAGAAAAAAUACCAGAGGAGUGUAGCCUUCGACCACCACACGACUCGUAAACCAGUGAGAAAUGGAGUUAGUACUCCGAUCAAUGCGCUGAACUUUUCGGUUUUGUCAACUGGUAGAUAGAACUGUAGACGGAUUGAAAAGCUGCUUUUUCGAUCGCUAUCCCUUCGUUUGAGAAAAUUCUAGGCCUAGAAUCCUGACACAAAAGCUGCCCCCUGUCUUAAUAACAUCACCUUAAGGCCACAGCCAGCGUGAAUGAGAUCACAACUCUUACCAAACUACCUUGAGUAAGGCUGGUUUCAUUUCAAAUGUGAUCUUUGUGUAAUAUCUCUGUGCAUCUUCAAUGGCCUUCCGUUUCAACAUCAUAUACUUCAGACACUGCUGCGAAGUGAAACCGGCUUUGUUCUGAUCACUAACAUAUUCUAAUAUCUACCAUCUUUGGCUUUAACAGCAAACUGUUCCGCUGGUUCAUACUACAAUGCCGGGGGCAACAAGUGUGGUGCAUGUCGACUUGGAGCAGACGAACCUGUUCACGGUCAAAAAAAGUGCAUUUCCCGCGGCAAGAACCUCACUAGAGCCAUGAAUGGAACAAUAAAAGAAUCGGAAUACUUUGGUAAUGUGCGAUCUAUAAUGUAUGCAUGAGCUUAGCUCGUUCUUCUUACGUUGUUGGGUGUGUCUGGUGGCGAAUUCCCCCGUGGUAGCAAAUUUACUGUCUUACAAAAUCAUGAAGAUUUUUUUAAAAUUUCACUAGCGUUAAUUUUUUGUCAAAAGUAGACAAGAGAUAAAACUUUAAGUUAUCACUGGUUUUGUAACAAAAACAUUUAUAGUUUCUUUUCGAGACUACCAUAGACUAAAAUACUUUCGGAAUAUUUUCCCAAACUUGAUUUGGUACUUGUAUUCGUAUUCAAAUCUAAGGGUUAGUGAUAAGACAACAUAUUUGUCAUAUUUGUAAUAUAUGCAGCUGCUGAAUUGAUAAUUCCAAACUGAAUGAAUUUUCUGAGAAAUAUCUACACAGAGCUAUGUUUUGUUCUGCCAGAAAUAUUUAGCAAUUAUUGAAUUCGGCUUUCGUAGGAUAUGAAGAAUUCUGGAGAUCGAGGAGGGUGUUAUCCACCGAGACCGAAGGCCGAGGUGGAUGACAUCCUCCGAGAAAAAUACUUCCAAGUUUUAAAAACAAGCUAAAACAUGCUAACCUAUCGAUAAUGCAUCUUUAUCGGGAAGUUUAGGAGAUAAAGGUCUAUUCAUGCCUGCAAAUAUACUCCAAAUAGUAGAUGUCGUCAGUCUUCAAGCUGUUCUUGCCAUGUUUUAAGACAAUAUUUCGCGGUGAAAAGAGUAAAUUGUUCCUCCGACUGUUCCACCAUUUUGUUCUAACUUCCAAAACAACUUAACCUCGUCCCCAGGUUUUCAAGGUCAACAAUUUAAUAACCUGCAACCAGGCUGCACUUUUGACGUCAUUUUGACGUCAUCGUUUCAUUAUGACAAAAUUCUUUCCAAAUUUGGUCAACAGUAGCUGGUUAUGGUGAAUUAUGCGUGACGUUUUAACCAAUCAGAAACGUGUUAAUAUUUUGAAUGAAUAAUAAUAAUUGUUACAUUAAUUUUAUAGCUAACUGCCCUGCUGGUUCAUACAGUUCCCUCAACCGAAAGUGCAACUUAUGUCCCCGUGGUACUUGACUACACAUAAAUGACUACACCUAAAAAUGGAACAGUGGACAAAAUGAAUUGUAUAAGUGAGUGUUAUUUUUAAUUCGAUUCCCACGAUUGUUGGCUGAAUAAAGCUGUAAAAUUCAGUGAAAAUCCCUGAAGAAACUGUAAACAUUACCAUUCGUUAUGGCUUUUCGUCUUUUUUCCGUCCAAACGUGUCGCAUAGUGGUACUAGCGUUACAUAGGUUUUCCUAACAUGGACUUUUAUUGUUUCAAUAGCAAACUGCUCAGCUGGUUCGUACUAUACUGAGAGUGGAAACUGCAGUAAUUGUCCACUUGGUACUUAUCAACCUGAUCAAGGCCAAAAAGAAUGUAUUCUGUGUGGCCAAAACUUCACCACAGCCUUGAACGGAACAUCAAAGGAAUCAGACUGCAUUGGUAAUUUUUCCUAGAGUCCAGAAAACAGGGCUAAGUCAAAAUCAAUACAGCCUAGUCGAAGAAUGUACAUAACUAAAAAUAUUGUUGUUGUCGUACUUCAAAGACAUCAGCAUCAACAACCUUUUUCCAAGUUUGUGUCUCGAAAUCUCUAUAUGGUGGUGACAUGAACAUCAUACUUUUAGAAGUACCGCACAAGCUAGCCUGCAUUAGUCACGCACACUGCAAUGUUUUGCUACGAUUUAAACUUUAUCAUUCAGGUAUCUUAUGACUUUUUGCGCGUUUUUUGUUUUUACGUUUUUAUAGCUGACUGUCCAGCAGGUUCGUACAGUUCCCUGAACAGAACGUGCAACUUGUGUCCCCGCGGUACUUACCAACCUUCAAGAGGUCGGCCAUCUUGUAUUUUCUGUAGGCAGAAUCUUACUACGCCCUCUGCUGCAACAGCUGACAGAAACCAUUGUAUUGGUAAGCAAUCACUGUUUUCGAUGACAAAAACUGGUUGACGUUUCCAAUUGAACACUAUUCUUCUGACGAGUGCCUCUGCUCUACACACUGAUAUCUCAGUUUGUAACCGGUUAAAACCCGCUUUCCUUAAAUCUUUUUCUUUUAGUUAACAAUUUACUACAACUUAAUUCCGUUUUCAAGCUCCUUUCGUUUCUUUCACUAUGCAACAGGUGACUAUAAUGUCAUUAUAUCCAGGUCGCUGUACCCAAGUUAUGGAAUUCUCUUCCGCGCGAGCUUUGCGACGGAUUCAGUACUUACAUGCUUCUAAACGCCAUCUUAAGACGCACCUUUUUAAGUUUCCUUAUAGUUAAAUGAAUUUUAAUUUUUACAUAUCGAUGUUUUAGAUUUUUAUUGUAGUAGUGUAUAUAUCAUUCUUACUAUUUUUCGUAUCGUAAAUUUAAGAAUUUGUUCAUGCUUAGCGCGCGUAUAUCGAGUUAUUGAUGCACGCAAGAAGUUUGGAGAGCACGAAAGAUGAAUAAGAAUUAAUCGAGGCGCAGCUGAGAGCAACUCUAGGUUCUUGAGUGCUCUCCAAACUUCCCGAGGGCAUCCAUAACUCGAUAUACGUACAGCUAAAAGCAUGAGAAAAUUCUUUUAUAAGAUAGCUGACGAAGAUGCUUGCGUUUUGAUUAACUGCAAAAUUCUCGUAACGCGCGACACAAUAACAAACGCUUCUAUUGGCUGAUUACAAACAUGCCCCGAUCGUCUAGUUUGACUAAAAGUUCUUUCUAUAAAACUGAGAAAGAAAUUUUGCUUAUUUAUUCGUUAACGAUCAUUGGAAACUAGGUAGAAACAAAGGUAAAAGAGUCUUAAAGUCCACCAUACCCACAUGUUCUUAAGAAGUCGUGGAGUAUGGUUUGGAAUUGUUGAAAAGAUGUUUAUGUUUUGCUCGGCGAAAUCCAGAAAACUUGUCUUUUAGCGAAGACGACUGUCAUCCUACUUUAAACUUAUAUUCAUUUACGAACAAUGGUUGGUCAUUACGGCUACUUGAGAAGACCUGGCAGCAGUUGUUUUUAUGAGUAAUAAUUAAAAAUUUGUGUCUUCUUGUGUAAUUUGUCUUGUUAUUGCAAGAGAAAUUUUCCGGCUCCAGUCGGAUUGUUCGGCGAUAACAAAAGUGCAUAAUUUUUCGCUGUACAUGUUGAGCUUACUUUGUAAUUAACUUGUUUUGUAAAGGAUAAACAAGCGUUAAAAACGGAGGACCCUUUUUAAAAUUGGAUAUUUUCCGACACGGACCAAUUUGUGGUCUUUUUCCCUCUUAAAUGUCAGUCUUUACGGCAGACUUUUCAACGAAUCAUUCAGGUUCUAUUAUUUGAUUUUCCUGUUAGUUUGAAUGGCUUAAAGGAAGAUAAAUUCCAAAAGAAAGUUUUUGGUCAUUGCCGUCGAUUUUUGGGUACUUUGGAAAAGAGACGAAAGACACAGAUGAACACGUCAUCAUGAAAAAAAUCUUGAAUAAAGAUUUUGUUCAUAGGGGCUCGAUAGGACUUAUGUAGGGCAAUCACGCGCGCUAUGUUAUAAAGGUUUUUUUAUGCUUUUAUAAUUACCAAUGUAAUGUGCACUUGAUCAUUUUUAUGAAUACUUGCGCUACAUAAGUGAUUAAAUUAUUAUUAAAUUCUUAUUACAACAGAGAUUACAAAACCAACAAGCAUCAAUCCGUUCAGUGAAGCUCCCUUAACAGUCACUGCCUCCCCAUCUUCGUCUCCGACGAGAAUUCUUAAAUUAAAGGUAUCAAAUUUUUAUCAAUCGUUGUAUCCCAUCGCCCGUAUCUGGCCUAGUUCUUUGAUAAGAUACUUUUUUAAAAAAAUUGCUUGUACUUUAGCAAUCCUUACGAUUUGAUUUGGUUGCCUAAAGUUACCACUAAAUAAUUGAUUUCGUAUUUUGUCACUUCUGACGCAAAGCAAUUAUAUUUUCAGUUAUUUUUCCAUGGAAAGCUGGAUUCGUCGAACAUCAUAAGAGAAAAGGAGAAAAUUCUUUAUUUGAUAGAAGAAAAAGUGUCUGGAUUUCUCGUUUUAAGACCAUUUAUAUUUUAUUGGACACGGCGUUAUUUGCAGUAUACACUUACUAGUUCGGCAAAGCACUACUAAAUUGUUCUCUUUGUCUACCUUUCCGUUAGGCCGGGAGGGAUUAAAAUUUAGUCUAAGGGGAGAAAUGCUAGCGCGGGGGUUGAAAUGCUGACAGAAAAAGUGCUCACUAAGAUAGACAUCAUAUAUAAAGAAUUCAAGUAUGAACUUACCAACUCAAAAAACUCAAAAACCAAUAAAGAGUUUCAAAAAUCUGUAAAAGUAAAAAAAAUCCUCAGGCUCAAAAAGGUUUUAAACGAAGAAAGAACCAGUCCAUUUCAAGGUCGAAAACAAUUCUUACCAUUUUGUAAUUUUGUAAUCUAGCGACACUCCCCUCGAUCAACUUCUUUUCUCUUCUCUUGAUCCGUGGAAAUUGUUUUUGGGAAGAGUCAUAUGUGGAGUUGUACUUCACGCUUGAGUCGCAAUUUUUCACUUCACUUUAUUAUAGUUGUCAACCUUUAAUAUAGGGAGUUUACGCAACGACGACGACGGCAACGAGAACGGCACAAAAGCAAUAAGUUUAGAAAAAGCAAAACAACAACUUUGUGCGUGCAUCACGCUUUUUUGUAUUUCUCUGCAGUCGUUGCACGACUACAACGUGAAACUGCCCAAUUUCACUUUUUGUCGAGGACGGAAACAAAAGACAACAACUUUCUUCUUCUUUUCCUGAACUUUGAUGCAGUCCUUUAGAAUGCAACUCCAAAAUAAAUUGCCAACAUUCGACGAAUUAAACUCCCUUAUCUACGCCAUAUAAGCCUCUGGCUUUGGCAUCUUAUUAUCGUCAACUUGCGCUUUGUUUAAUUAUUUAUCAAUAAAGAAAGUUGUAAACGAGAUGGAAUGAGCGCGAUUAAGUUUGAGGCAGUGCAAAUUCGCUUUUUGAGUGUUGUUUUCGUAGCCGUCGCCCUCGUCGUUGCGAAAAUUCCCUAAUAGUCUGGCUGGCUGCUUGGUUUAUUCUGCACGUUUUAAAAGCCUAAAAUCUCAAUAGAAACCAAAAUCUUUCAGGCUGAGGUGGAAAAUUUCGGUUCUUAUAAAGAGAAGUUUAGUUUUAGGUAGUCAAUUUUGUUUUCUUGACGUUUUCCACGCUAAAUUGUUUUCAAAAUUGCAGACCAAUGCUGUAACAGACAGGAGACCUGAAAUGAGUGUAACCGAACAUGGAACAGAGGUAAGUGGAAUCGUUUCGUGAUUCGAGGUAUAUCUACCUCCGAGUGUGAUUGUUCUGCAUCUUAAUAACCCCGAAAAACUUUCGAACAAUGGGCCAUUUGCAACAUGGCAUCAUUUUAUUACUGUAGCUACUAGCAGAAUGUAUUUCGUUUUAUUUUUCAUAUCUACAUUUGGAAUUCCCAGCGAGGUUUAAGUGAAAAUUGCCCUAAUGUGCACAAGGUGCUAAAAAGAAUUGUGGUAACAGUAAUCAAAAGACGCCAUGACGAGCAAAUCACCUAUUCAAAGUUCUAAUCAUCGCAACAUGAGCUUAUGGUUUACGUACUAAUUUUAACCUUUUUGUACUCAGGUCGUUUUGUUCAUAGAUGCUGCAAAAGUCGAUGAAACUCGCUUGAAAGAACUAUUGAGGAAAGGAGUGGAAAUAGAAUAUGGGGGAAGGAAGGUAAAAAAACUUAACGGUAGUUGAAAAUCCAGCAAUGUGGGGUAAAUUGCGAUAAAAAAUAUCAAUAUUGCUAUAUUUUUGGUAUCAUUAUCAUUAUCACGAUUCACUCCGGUUCAUUCCUGAUGUUCUUCUGGGUAGCGGUCUGAAAAGGCCACUUCCGAGUUGCAAAAACCCUCAAGUGCACAACCUUAACUUUCUUGUGAAAAUGAGUUUUAUUUGCAUAAAUUGAAGGUUGAGCACUUGACCUCGUUUUGACACAGAGGCCGGGUCAACUUGAAAGUGGCCUAUUGCAUCUUAGCUUCCGCCCUUAACUCAGGGACAUAACACUUUCGUCAACAUUAUCAUUAUUUUCAUUAUAACUAGUUGCAGCUAUCACUAAGUGCCAACGAGGAAUUGAAAAAACAAUCCGAUUUCCGUAAAUGUCUGAUGUCUUUGCACAAAUCUGUACAGUAUAGGUUGCAAGUGAGAAGAAAUUCGUUCACUAAACUGAACUCGAGUGAGGUCAAGUUCAAAGAAUACACUCUACUUAACUGUACAAGCUGUUUUUACUCACCUAAAAUGUCCAGGAACGUUAUAAAAAUCAACGACGACUGAGAUGAAGGAAAAACAACUCUGCCUCUACUACGCUUGAUGAAACGAUAACUUCAUACACCAAACUCACGCCCUGAUUGCUUCUUGUGUUAGCUAUUUGUUACCUUAUCUUAUACAUCACUGGAGAUCAGUACCUCGCGCAUCAGUAUAUAUUAAUGCUUUAUCAAUGAGUAUUUCAUCUGCCCUUAGGGGUUAUAAACGUGUCCGAUUUUUGUUUUAUAGUUGCAUUUUAGUGGGAAAAUGACGACAGACUCUCCAUCAAUUAAUGUAACGAAAGGCGCUGGUGAAACAAAAGGACGGGAGGAUGCUGAAAAGUUGCCAUGGAAACUCCCUGUCAUUAUCGGUGGACCAGUUCUUGUAGUCAUUAGUAAGUCUUUCAUUUGCUUCUAGGGGAUGGAAAGAGAUCUCCCUUUUUUAUCGCCUCACACGCAGACGUUCUUUGGGCUUCGUCUCCCGUUCCUUACCCUCCUUCGUUGGGGAGGAUUGCGUGACGAGCCAAAAGAAAGUCUGCGUGGGAGGCCUCCUUUUUUAGAAUAACAAAAGAAGGAAAAAGAAAAUUCCUGAGGAGAGAUAGUUUAUUUAGGUUUAAUCAAUUGCCACAAUAUUUUUUGCCAAAAUUCUUUCCACUUCAUAUAAUACAUUUUGCUCCUUAAACUACUAGUUAUCUGGGCCUGCGCAUAGUUAUCUCAUCUAUAAACCAUCGUCUCGCUUUCAAAGAAAUAGUAAAGAAUUUUAUUUAUUACACUUGAAGUUUAUUAUACAAUCUAUUUUUUGUUGAUUACUUUCCUUAUCAGUUAUAGGUAUUGUGGCCUUAGUCCUCUUGUGCAAGAGACGAAAGGAAAAACAAGCCCCGGAGGCGAUUCCCGCAUCAUUAACUUGUAAGUUUGAAAAUCACGCGUACGGAACCUGUGAGACUGAUGUCGGUGCAACGAAGAAUGAGUAUUCUACCUACCUGUUGGAUUAUCCUGUUUCCGCACUCCACGAGAAUCCUCCAUGGGGGAAUGGAAGCUAUCACUCAAGCUGUCAAUUUGAUAAUCCUGGAUAUACAGUCAGCGAAAAGCCACUGGAAACACAAGAGAAUGACUAUUCAUUGGUAAAUGAUGAUGAAACUUAUGACGUCAUCAUGCAAUCAGCUGUGGCAUGCGUCCCUGGCAUCGCAAAACAAGCCACUGUAAAGAUUAACCCUCGUCACUGACGUAGAACAUUCAACUACAGCAUGCAGAAAAGAAAAGAAAGCACAUGCAGCAUAUGGUAUAUAUGAGUGGUUAUGUACUUUAAGAGAGAGGGGAUCGCUUGGGAUCUCUCAUUUACCAUUUCUUACAUUUCGUUAACAAACCAACUGUUUUAAAACAUAUUAAUUACUAGUCAUUGCAUUGUUAUCUGAGAGUUUCAGUAGUCGUUUACUCCUCCAUAAUUUUUCUGUCAUGGAAAGAGGCUUGCUUGCACCUUUUAGAAUGACUCGUCUUGGCUCUUGAUGUUACAGGGUCACAUAAUGCACUAUGCUUUUUUUAGUCUUGUUAAUUCAAAGAUGUUACAAGUUUAUAGAAUUUCGUGUAUUCAUUCAUUAGUUUUUAUUGCUCCAUACCUUAGUCGAAUUUGUUUUAGUGGUUAGUAUAUAGUUUGAUAAAAUUUUGGCAUUUUUUUUCCAUCAAUUAACAUAGUAUACCCUAAAUGUUAUUAAACUCCGUAAAUGAUUAUCUUAAGCGUUACGAGGUAACUUGAUGGUAUUCUGAGUUUUUGUUAAGUUUUAUAGCAACUCAAUUUUUAGAAGUGUACACGUAUAUUCAAGGUGUCUAAAUAAAAUUAAUAAAGGCGAAACCUAGUUGAUAAAAUCGAAUUUUUCUGUUUGUGUGACCAUUUGACGUUGUAUAGUAAAUACACUGGAUUCCUUGUACAGUAGUCUCUAGAGAUUACGAAAUAUACGUACCGGCUAAUGUUGCUGAUUAAACGCUAAUAUCUUUAUGUCUAGUAUGGGUGAAAAAUGAGAAUUUAAAAGAUUACGAGUUCCCUACUGACUAUGAAUCUUAUACAAGUCUUGUGUUCUAAAAGCACAGUCAACUACCAAUUAAAAACCCUCGAAAUUGUUAAAUUCGUCACAUUUCUGAGCCAAAACGACAAUAUGAUUGUUCAUAUGUGCUCCCUCAGACGCCUCCUCCUUACCCCUACUCGCAGGGUACCUCCUCCUCGGAAUUGUGUUUUAUCUGUGCGAAACAAUGAAAAUGUGGGCGCGAUCCAUUCAACCAAAAUUCAGACCGGUCCGACAGGGAAAAGUGGUCUACUUCAAAAGGUGGACCAGUUUUUUUCGAAACUUUUCCGGUUUGACCGAACCGAUCCAUUGAGUUUUGGACCGAAAUUUCCGGAAAUUUUGGUUGAAUGGAUUGCGCCCUUGGUUGAGUUCCACUUGGUCCAGACUCUACGUGUAACCAGCCUAUUGCGCAGAGGAUAAUUCUUCUGGAUUGAUAUUUGCGCAGUACAAAUUUAUAAUCAACAAUUAAUGAAUGAGGCUGAGUAUCUUAUGAAGAAUUAUGGAGAUCGAGGAGGGUGUACGGCCUCGACGGAUAAUAGCCUCCGAGAUCCCCACAAUUUUUCAUAUGAUACGAAAGCCGAAUUCAAUAAUUGUUUUAUUAUUCAUUCAAAAUAAUUCCUAGUUUAAAAACAUGGCUAGAACAUGCCUACCUCCAUCGAUCCAUCGAGGUUAAGUUCAUCUUCGAUAGUGCACGUUUAGGGUUGUACAGCUCCGCAAAUAUUCCCCAAAUGGCAGAUGUUAUCCUUCGAGUUGUCUUCUUGUUGUUCUUGCCGUGUUUUUAGCUAUUUUCUCGCCUAGUUCUUACUAUUGCAACGAGUGAAAUGUCCUCCAUUUUUCAAAUUCCAACCAAAACAACUCAACCUCGUCCCCAGGUCUUAACAGUUAACAGUGCCUUAACCUGCAAGAACGCUGCAUUUGUUACGUCAUUCCUCGCUAAACACAAAAUUCUUCCAAAUUUGCUCAUCAGAAACUGGUUACGGAGAAUUAAACGUGUGCUUUUAGCCAAUCAGAAUCGGAGAAAUAUUUUGAAUGAAUAAUAAAUAUUAUUAAUAAAUAUUACUAUUUUGCUUGCGAUGGCUUCAUUUGUUAACAAUACUGAAUUUGCCCUCUCGAUACCCGGUAAGCUUAAAUAGCACUAAUUUAAAUUUACGUAAGGAAAAAGAUAUUCUGCAUUCUAAAAUCUAGAAAACUUCUUGAUUCACGCAGUUAGCUUAUACGUAAGAACUAACUAGGAAAGAGUAAUGGUGAUCGUAAAUAAUGAUGCCAGGCAUUGGGAAUAUUUGAUCGCCAAUCUUGCUGCCUCUGAAGGACUGUUUAGUUGUGUAAACAGUCUAUACAUUAUUCACAAUGGGACACCCGCUCCAAAACUUCGAAUUCGUGGCCUUAUUUGUAAAAACUAAUUCAAAACUGAAUUCAGAGGGGGCUUAUAACUAUUUUGACCUCUGCUCCAAAGUUCUCAUUAAAACCUAAUAUGAAAGCUGCAGGUUUUUCAAACGUUUUGUGGCCGAAAUGUUUUUAAAACCAAAAAUUUAUAGAGUCGGACAAAGUUCGUCAUAGUUCACUGCUUCAUUUACAAUUCAUAUUUAAACGAAUGGUAUCAUUUACUAGAAUAAAUCAUGACAGUUCCGAGAAUAAUGUAAAUGCUGAUUAAAUUCAGCGGCAAUAUGCUUAGCGAGGCACUUCUGCUUGUGUCCAAAAGGUAAAAUGUCGUUUCCCGUCAUAGCGUUGAUUCUCAUUUGCAGCUUUCAGGGAGCGAAUCAAGCUGUCAUUAAUCCGUCAAAUCUCGACGCAAAUGGGUAAGUUGUGCCGCUGCACUUCCUUAGAGGAAAUUUAUCUUGAAAAUUGUGUGCAAACAUCUCGGAAAGCAAAAAGAUAAUAACAAAGUUUGUUCAUGUACAAGCAGUUUUGAAACAGUGGUAUAUAACUAUUUCAAGAUAAAUAGUAUAGGUAGUGAUGUGCAAUCUUAACGAAGCUUUACUUUCAGGACGGUAUUGUUUAAGUUCUAGACUCAAGGCCUUGCUUUUACGCGGUUCAAGAAAAUGUCAUUAAACAAAAUGGGAUAGACAAGAUCAUUGUGGAUCCUUGGCGUUUUAACCAGGUGGGAACGGUUUUUCGACUCCCAGAUGGCUCCAAUAUUUCAGUCAUCUCUUUUGUUCCUUUUCAUCCUCAAUACCAUGGUGUAAGCGUGGAUAUGUUCAGCAUCGGUACGAUACCGAUAAUCUAUCACAACAAUCCGAUAUGAAUUCUUUGUCUAUGUCAGGACAAAUUUCUAGCAGCUAGUUAGAUCUUCUUUAGUGCCAUUUUGACUAACUGAUAACCACGUCAGGACGAAUCGAAAUUUGUAGGGGCGUAGGGUAUUUUCGUUUUACUUUUGGAAUCAGCGCCAAUAAUACACUUGGUAAGUGAUUUAAGAAAUGAUAAACUUCUAGCCGACAAUUUCGCUCAGCAAAACCACCAAUUAUCACUUGAUAUGGUCGCACCAUGACAAAAACCUAUGAGAUUAGUGGACUCAGUUCACUUCCUUCUAGAAAGGCAUUUUUCUUGCCAUCUUCGCUUUUCGCCUUAGGGUGACCAAGGAUUCAUUUGCAACAUAAGCGUAUAGCUGUCGCAUUUUUUCGCUAGAAUUUUUAUUUCUUUGAGCCUAAAACAAUAAAAAAAAAUUCCAUCAGGCAAAUGCGACAGCUAUACGCUUAUGUUGCAAAUAAAUCCACUCUUAUAAGAAGUGUCGUCUAAAGUUAAUCUCCUUCAACACCACGCACCGUCUGAAUCAGGUUUAACUUCUAUCUUCAGGACGUUCAACCGUCUUUGUGAUUUCAAACACUUUUAAGGUUCGCUUCAUCGGAUAUAACGUAAAACCAAAAGUUUUAAAUUUCACUUUCCUAACUGAAUAAAACUGUAAAAAUGCAUAUAAACAUUGACGGAAAGUAAACCAAAAUUUGCUUCUUCACCUUAAAAGAUUUUUUUCCACAUUAACAAACUGGGGUGGCUGUAAAAAGAUUAACAUGGCACAAAACAAGGUUAAUUUGAUAGCCUGAUAGUUUUUUAUUGGAAAAUAAUGUUAAAGAGAAAUGUUACCAAGGGAACGUAAAUGUUUCGUGCUCCAUUGUUUAAGGAAAAAAGGAAAGAAGUUAUGUAGUAGGUCUAUUAGCCUUUCCUUUUUCACCUAGAGAAAACAGAAAUGGAGUUGUGCAGGCGACACAUUAAAGGUAAAUACGCAUCAGUGAAUUUCAAGCCGCGAUCCUUUAGCAUAUAAUAUGCAAUUAAAAAUAGACUCGAACCACCUUGAGGGUUGAUUUCCACUGACGCAUUUUUAAUAGAGGCAGAGAAUAGAGGCAAGAUAUAAAGUGUUGAGAUUAAACCUGAAGUUGAGCGACGUUCAACUUUUACGCUUACGAGCGACCGUUCAUACAUUGCCUCUAUUUUAUUUACGAACAUAAAUUUUAGGCACGUACGCACGUAAAAAUUACGCGACAGUGGAAUCAACCCUGAGGGAUGAAAAAGAAUUCAAACAAGAAACUUCAAAAAUCAGCCAGAGGUAUACAAUGUUGAUGGUUCAAAUAAUCAGGAGUUUCGAUUGUUUUUAUCGAUUAAAAGUCAGUAACUGUAGUCGACAUAUCAAACAAGGAAACAGCUAUAACCUUUUGUCUGAUGAUUUCAAUUCCCUCCGAUAGUUUCCCAGAAGUAAUGGCUAGACACAACACGCAAACAUUUGAACACUUUUUAAACUUAAACUUUAUUCAGAUUCAAAUUAUUAAUAUGUCUUUUAGUUACAUCCGUCUACAGAUGAUUUGUUUGGUAAUACUUAGUAGCAUAAUAUUUAGAAAAGAAAAAGUAAUUAUCAUUGCUGGGGUCUCGUUUACUGAUAAACAGGAAGAGCGGGCUUCACUUUCGCAAGAACAAAGCAUGAUUAGCAUGCGAAAGAACAAGGCAUGCACCAGCAUGCCUAAACACAUUUCCCGUAAAAAGGGAACAAUGAGGGAAGAUAAUGAAACAUUUUCUUUUUCUUUCGGUAGAGUUAGUAGAUCAGACUCUGAGCCACCUGGUGGGACACUGAUAUUAUCAUUGAAAACAACGGUUUUUUAAGUGCAUGGGAAAAUAUAGUCAAGAUGGUCGUUAGGAUGAAUGUUUUUUUUUUUUUUUCACCCUAAGCUCAUUAUGGGAUGUUACUAAAACGGGGAACGGGAAGCGGGGAGCGGGGAGCAGGGAACGGGGAACGGAAGUCUGGGAACGAGUUGUCAGCGGAAACUUCCACAAAAAUCCAAAAUGGCGGUCCCAAAAAACGAGAGAGAGAGAGAAGAAGACAAAGAAAGGAAUUCGUGCCUUGGUUGAAAUCAGGUGGGGACGAAAUUGCAAAUCAGACUCACAUGUCACGUUUACGUUUUGAGCAGAUGGUAUGUUUUCUCGAUAUUCAACCUGUUUCAUUUACAAUAUGAUAAGGUCUUAGGUCUUAGUUUUCGAGACACCUGGCACACUCACAUUACUCCUGGAUUACUCCGUUUACUUUAGACCGUCGCUUAAUCCUGCCUGUUUAUCCCCCUGAAUGUUCUUUUUCCCACUCAGACAAACUCUUGGAGAGUAAAGGUUUUAUCCAAGCCCAUUAUAUGCCCUGUUUUGAGAAUGCUUGGUAAAUAACUCGCAGGCAUUGUAAUGAGAAAUAAACGUGGAAUUUAUUAAUGCAUGUACAUAUAGUGUUCUCGCGUUCUGUGCUUGAGUCAAACUUUGUACAGCUAUAAGUAUUUAAAAAUAACGGCUAAAACUUGUUUUUUACAAUUUUUUUAUAACUGGAAAAGCUCGUUGUUGUUGUUAGUGUUAUAUUAAAGUCAUUGAGUGAUGAGUUAUGAAUCGUUUAAGGUUAGGGUUUGGCAGGGUUAAGCACUGACUUCAAGAAGGUGGUGGACAAAACACUGACCCCCAUUCCAUGAACUACCCCCAAUGACUACCCUAAAAUGGACUAUGCCACUGAAGUUAAGUGAUUAGGGUUAGGAAACUGAGUCCUUAUACUGGGAAAACUGACCUAAAACUUCAUUCACUCAGUUUCCUAACCCUAAUCACUAAACUUCAGCGGUGUAGUCCAUUUUAGGGUAUGUCCAUGAAGUGUGGGUCAGUGUUUUGUCCACCACCCUUCAAUAAGUGUUUAUUCAGGUUUGUCACUAUAUUUACUGUAUGUACCAGUAUUUGUUUAAAGCAUAUAGUAGCAGUUAAUCUGAGAUAUUUGAAGUUUUUCACUUGACUCAUGACUCAUCGACUCUAUUAUUUAAUUGCCUCUAUAAUUUCAACUCCUUGACCCAUAACGUGGCCUAAUUUAAACCGUCAUUUUCUUGGCCUUUACUAGAAACGCCAAAGCUCAUUUAGUGCAUGUUUUUUCUAAUGUAAACACAACAAAUUGUACUGUCAGUCCUCUACCAUACCCCCUCCUGAAUGCUUAGGCCAAUAUUACAUGGCACAAGGCUAAAGAGAGUGAGAGACAUACUAGAAAUGCCGCACUGACUACUGCCAACAUAUAGCAUGAUUUGUACCAAUACCUUUUUGUGCCAAGGAAGUGGUACAUUCAUGGUUGUCUUGUUGUAGUCCUCUAAAGAGAGGGAGGCUGAAUAGAGGAUUUACAGUAAAAGGUUUAAAGGGAAUUUUUGCCAGUUCACCAGAUUGCACCAUGUAAUUGCCUUAGAUGAGGUUGUUUUAACAACAUAUCAAAGAUCAAAGUAAAAGAAAAUUUAACUCUUCAAGUCCCAUGAUCGACGGAAAUCAAUUUUCUCAAAACAAUAUCAAUACAUUAUCCAGAGGAAUGUUUAUGACAAGUAAUGAAAUAAUCACCAAAGGGAAAAUGCUUUAAUCUUCAACCAAAUUCUGUCAUCUAAAUCUUUAAGGAAAUGUAAAGAGAUAAGUGUGGACAAUAUUAUUUGUAUGUGGAUAAUGAAGCUUAGAGGGUUAAGGUACGAGUAGGUAUGACUAGGAUCAAUAUGUCCAGUUAACCAAAUGGGUUAGGUAUAAACUAAAGGGGGUGACGACUCUAACAAAGGCUGUUUGGGCAGUCAACUGAAUAACUUUAUGUCCUGCCAGAAAUUUUGUCGACCCUCCCAAAUUUUUUGGUGGCAUUCCCCAUAAAUGUUUAACUUCCCAAAAUUGUUUUAACAAUUAAAAUUAAAAUUUUGAUUAGCAGCUUCUUGUUAAUUAUGUAACUUGUUGAUUAUCUAACCUUAGUUAUUUUUUUCAUUAGAGGGUAUCAUUUUAACACAGAAAGGCUGUCAAACUUUUUAAGUAUAUAAAAUCGUGGUUUUUUGUUUUUUAAUCACCGACGAAUCAGGGGAGCGCUGAAGGGGCCAACCACUAGGGGGGUCUGAGGGCAUACUCCCCCAGAAAAUUUUGAAAUCUUGGUGCUCUGAAAUGCCAUUUCUAGUGUUCUGAGAGGACAAAUUCUGUCCAAAAUGUUCUCUAAAUCAACUGUCCUUUUUAUGCUUAUUUUUAUUGGCAUGACUUCGUGUAGAAGUAGUCGAUUUUAUUUUAUACAAGUUGUGCGGUUUUUGAAAUUGCUCUGGAAAUCACUUUCAGCUAAGUAUACUCUGUGUGGUGUCAUUGUAUGAGUAUCAUAAGAAUUCAUUUGAAAAUUUCAGAACAACUGUCGAAAUCUGGAAUUUUCCUAUUCCGAACGCAUAUUGAGCGGGAUUCGGGAUUUUCGAGCAAAAUCAGAAGGACCCCAACAAGAUCAGGACGAUUAAAGAGUCUUCACAGGCAUACUACGUUUUAUGGCCUCAUGUGCGUUUAACAAGGUUAAAUGAGUUUCGUUUUUUUCUUACGUACUUCUAACGUACUUUUUUCAAGUUUUCCAGUAUGCAAUCAGUGGAAUGUGCUCUUAAAACUCGUUAACAUGCUGCGUAACAAUACCCCUGAACUAAUGAAUGAUGGGAUCUGGUGUGAACUGAUAGUAUGUGCCUUGCACCGACCCUUGCACGGGUACUGUUCUUGUGUCAAUCAGCUGGGGAUUGCACGUGGUCAAUCGCACUCAAACUUCAUGCUAUUUUAGUUGGAAACUUUGCUGAUUGGUCUUUUCAUAUCAUGGGGAGUUAAGCCGUUUUCAAGUGUCAAAAUACAUAGAAUACAGCGUAUCGGCACAGGGUGCAUGUCACUGUAUACUAUACACUUAAUGUCAGAUCCCAAGGGAAACAGUUAGUUUUGUUUUCCCGAGAGUCCUGAUGUUUCCCGAGACGAAGUCGAGGGAAACAUCAGGACUCGAGGGAAAACAAAACUAACUGGUUUCCCGAGGGAUCUGACAUUAAGUGUUUUGUUAUAUUUCGAGAACUUUCACUUCAACAGCAACAAAAGAAUAACCGGAGCGAACGAAAACGAACCAAAACAGUCGACUUGGUACUUAUAACAACACAAAUCUAAUUCUCAAAACCACUGAAUGAAUGAUUUACAAACAAAAGUACUUUCCUUAUAUCAUCUGCAUCUUUUUCCGCCACUAGCUGCUGUUUUUCUUCUGGGAACUUCUGGGAUAACUUUUAAAAUCGUUGCUUUUUAGCUUGAGGCUUCGUGAUUGUGCUGUUGUGUUCAUUCACGAAAAAGAAAACUGGCAACCUGGCAGUGUUUUUCCCGCCUUCUGUCACGCCACUUUCCACCAUGCUUUGAUCACGUGCUGCAUGUAUCCCGAGCGGGAUACAUUGUUUAAUGUAUCACGAUCGGGAUACAUUUGAUUUUAGUCAAGGCCACGUGACCAAGAAUCAACCAAUGGCAGUCCCUGUUUAGUUGAGUGAAAUUCUAGGAAUAUAACAAAUAUUGUUUGAUAACAUGUAAUAUCAAGUCUUUGUUCAAUCUCCCGAAAAUAUCUCAUAUUUCCCGAAAAAUUUCCCAGGUUUCCCGAUUCCCGGCAAAAUCCCCAGAUUCCUGGAACAAAUUUGUUUUUCUCCCGAAACAGCCCUUGUUAGAGCUGUCACCCCCGUAACUAACAUGUCUGAAACAGUUUAAAUUUGUAAGUGGCCGCCUAAAUACUUUUAUGAUAUUGUAUAGUUCCCUUCAUAUACAUUACUCUUUAGCAAAAAGUGAAUAGUGAAUAUGCAUCACUAAAACCAAGCACAACUUUAAAGGGGGCCAGUUCAUUUCUUUAUAUCAAGCGAUAACGGGUUGAUAAUAGAACCCUAUGCCAGCAAAUUGUGAUAGUCAAGAGAUCUCUACCAAAAUCCUUCACAACAAAGGAGUAUCUUUAAAAAAUGAUUAGAAUUUGCUUUUACACCCAUUUUAUAUUCAGAAUGACAUUUCAAAUUGAUUUUGAUAUUUGUAUCUUUGACCAUAACUAGGUUAUAAGGGGAAAACUGAAUAAUUGCCUCAAACCCUUUCAUCUCCAUAGAGAGUGAACUGGCAAAAAUUCCCUUUAAACCUUUUACUGUAAAUCCUCUAUUCAGCCUCCCUCUCCUUAGAGGACUACAACAAGACAACCAUGAAUGUAUCACUUCCUUGGCACAAAAAGGUAUUGGUACAAAUCAUGCUAUAUGUUAGCAGUAGUCAGUGCGGCAUUUCUAGUUUGUCUCUCACUCUCUUUAGCCUUGUGCCAUGUAAUAUUGGCCUAAGCAUUCAGGAGGGGGUAUGGUAGAGGACUGACAGUACAAUUUGUUGUGUUUAUAUCAGAAAAAACAUGCACUAAAUGAGCUUUGGCAUUUCUAAUAAAGGCCAAGAAAAUGACGGUUUAAAUUAGGCCACGUUAUGGGUCAAGGAGUUGAAAUUAUAGAGGCAAUUAAAUAAUUGAGUCGAUGAGUCAUGAGUCAAGUGAAAAACUUCAAAUAUCUCGGAUUAACUGCUACUAUCUGCUUUAAACAAAUACUGGUACAUACAGUAAAUAUAGUGACAAACCUGAAUAAACACUUAUUGAAGGGUGGUGGAUAAAACACUGACCCACACUUCAUGGACAUACCCUAAAAUGGACAACACCGCUGAAGUUUAGUGAUUAGGGUUAGGAAACUGAGUGAAUGAAGUUUUAGGUCAGUUUUCCCAGUAUAAGGACUCAGUUUCCUAACCCUAAUCACUUAACUUCAGUGGCAUAGUCCAUUUUAGGGUAGUCAUUGGGGGUAGUUCAUGGAAUGGGGGUCAGUGUUUUGUCCACCACCUUCUUGAAGUCAGUGCUUAACCCUGCUUUCAAUGCCAAACCCUGACCUUAAACGAUUCAUAACUCAUUACUAAAUGACUUUAAUAUAACACUAACAACAACAACAAGCUUUUCCAGUCAUAAAAAAAUUGUAAAAAACAAGUUUUAGCCGUUAUUUUUAAAUACUUAUAGCUGUACAAAGUUUGACUCAAGCACAGAACGCGAGAACACUAUGUGAACAUGCAUUAAUAAAUUCCACGUUUAUUUCUUGACAAUGCCUGCGAGUUAUUUACCAAGCAUUCUCAAAACAGGGCAUACAAUGGGCUUGGAUAAAACCUUUACUCUCCAAGAGUUUGUCUGAGUGGGAAAAAGAACAUUCAGGGGGAUAAACAGGCAGGAUUAAGCGACGGUCUAAAGUAAACGAAGUAAUCCAGGAGUAAUGUGAGUGUCCCAGGUGUUUCGAAAAAUAAGACCUAAGACCUUAUCAUAUUGUAAAUGAAGCAGGUUGAAUAUCGAAAAAACAUACCACCUGCUCAAAACGUAAACGUGAAAUGUGAGUCUGAUUUGCAAUUUCGUCCCCACCUGAUUUCAACCAAGGCACGAAUUCCUUUCUUUGUCUUCUUCUUUCUCUCUCUCGUUUUUUGGGACCGCCAUUUUGGAUUUUUGUGGAGGUUUCCGCUGACAACUCGUUCCCAGACUUCCGUUCCCCGUUCCCCGCUUCUCGCUCCCCGCUCCCCGUUUCCCGUUUUAGUAACAUCCCUCAUUAUGUUACUCUUAUUGCAUUCGGCGCUAGGAGAGUGCAUACGGCCUAAUCUCGGACGUAGUAUGUUACUAAACGGAGAUAUUUUUGCCUCUGGUCGUUCGUGUACCUUUUUAGCGUCUUGCUUUAAUACUCUAUGCUCUUAGUUAUUGUUCUACGUAAGAAGGAGGCAAAAAUCGCUAAUUCAGUGCAAUCAAUUAGCAAACGAAUGAAUGAACUUUAUUUAAGCGUCAGAGUAUUUAGCUAGAUAUUAGCUAAUUGUGAACACUAAAAGAACAUCCCAAAUACAAAAUAAAAAAUUAAAAUAGGGAUGCUACGAGUGCUAAAAAUCUAUUUUAAAAUUUACAAUCAUUUUGAAGACAAGGAAGGUUCAUAAUAAAAACUAAAAAUCUGCACUAUUCACAAAUUUAAUAUCGCUUAUACAGUUCAUAGAAAAACUGAUAUUUGGAAUAUUCACGAAUUUAUAAUUUUUUAAUUAAAAAGUGACAAAAUUCCAUUGCAAACGUGGUUAAGUGAUACAUAAGUAACACUUGGUGCACGUACCCUUAAUAAAAGGAAUCAAGUCUUUUCUUUCUGAAGUUCCAUCUAAGCGGGGGGUGAAUAGGGGUAUGCAAAUCCGCCGACCCGUGGUAUUUUUAGGCCCGAUCCGUCGAUCCGACUAAUCUUUGUUCAAAUCCGAAUCCGUGUUACUUUAAAAAUUUUUCGUGGUAUAUAGAAAGUAGCGUUGUAGCAUGAAAAAAUGAAUUACUUAAUAUAGUUGCGCUGUACGUAAUCGCAACAGAUGCAGGACUUCAUGUUUAAGAAGUUUUCGUUACAGCUUCAAAAGCAUUAGGGACAGAGCUUACAAUGUUUCUUCCGACAAUAAAGAUUUAACUAAUCAAAUAGUCUGCAAGCUUGCAAAAUGAAAGUAUCUCGUAUAGCGUUCAAGAUUUUUCAAUAAAUUUACUUACUGACAUCACUUUGGACAUGCUUCUAGUCAAGCCGCAAAAUUCGGAAGAGGCAGAACUCAACUUCAUGGUAAUUUGCUUACCGCUAAGUAUUUUCAAUGGUUCAUCUUGGAAGUCUUGAGACCAUAAUCUUUUUCACAUAAAGAUGUUUCCACUUGGCAACAGACGAGUAAAAGGGUUAGCCACGGCAAACUGCAUUUUUUUUCCGGUGCAGAUACAGAGUUUCAUUUACUCGUAGUUCAAGUGUUUUGUACUCAGUGAUCGUCAGUCCUAGCAUAAAAUAUAAGGAGCAAAACCCAGUUUAUCAUUUCACCGAUCAAUAUGUAAAUUUGACUUUUUUAUAGUUCAUGAGUCGCUGUCAAUCCUAGCAUUAAAUGCAAAGGCCCAAAAAUCCAGUAUAUCAGUCCAGCGGAUGUGAUUACGGAAAAUAACUCUUAUCUUACGAAAUGAAUGUGGGAGGCGCUGUUCAACUUUAUCAUCGAUGCUUUCUCCUAGUACCAGCUCUUUUGCAGUUACUUGCAGCCCAGAAAACGUACUGCAACAUUAAAUCGGUAAAACAACUAAUUUGACGAUUUUCAAGGAGAUAUUUGUCUGUAAAUGGAGCUGCCGUCAGUGGGAAAACGUAGAAGCAUUUGUAUGAAAACUAAAAGUAAGACUUCUCGCUUCUCAGCAAACCGAUGCCCUUCAAACUUAAUUGGUUAACUGUUUUACUAGUAUCUUUAGUUUGUAAAUCAUAGAAAUUUCAUAAUGUCAACUUUUCUCAAAUUAUAGAGCAUCAAACUCCCGACUUUUAUCGUACAUUUAUUGUAAAUUUUGCCGUGUUUACCCUCAACCAAGAUGGCGACAGAAACCGUGAAAAGGUCUAUUAAAUUAACGAUCAAGAGAAGCAAACUAGCUGAAAUAGCUUCGAAGAGCAUAAUUUGUAUCAGUUCAUGUAUAAACCAAAUAUAAACUUACGGAACGUGCUCGCGUAACUUCAACCCACUUCCCCACUGACUGGAAUCGACGCAGCAUCGAAACUUAUUUUUUUAAUAAAGUCAUCGCCUUUGGCACCUUCGUGGUAGAAAAAGGCUACACACUCGAUAGUUCUAGUUUCCAUUUUGAAAUUUAGACAAUUUACACGAAUCCAGUCACAGAUCUUGUCAGGUCACUUAGCAUUACCGCCAUUACCUGAACCAUGUGACACCAUGGAGGAGCCAUUGCAGGAACCAUGCACAAGGUUGCCUGACGUCAUUUCCGUCACGCUGUCUAUACAGAAUACAUGUAUAUGCGUCGGGUCACAAGAAAGUCUCUUCCGGAAACCUCGGAAGUGGAACGUUAGCCGACAAAACACUAGCACAUUGACCAAGGCCGACCGAAAAUUGAUGAUCCGAUCCACAAUCCGAACCUCUAGACUGACAGAAUCCGGAAACCGGGCCAAAACGUUCAGCUGAUCCGCGAUCCACGGUAUUUUUCAAAUCCGCGAAUCCGCUCGAUUUAUCGCCGAAAUCCACAAUCCGAGAGCUUUUUAUGGCCAAAUCCGCCGAUCCGCUGACCUAUUCACCCCCUCAUCUAAACUUGUCCAGCGAGGGUCGCUGUCGAUUAUUUGAAGAUUGUCUGAACCAAAGGUAUUGGCCCAGGUACCUAAUAGAGUGUUUUCCAUAUCUUACUGUUAAGUAGUGAGGUAUCAUCCAAUCUGCAUCUCUUAGAGAGUACCCUUUGUUUGCAAAAUUGAAAAGUUCACCUACGUAUUCAGGGGCCAAACUAUUUCUAACUUGAUACAUUAAAAUUACUAUCUCUUGAAGCCUCUUAUUGUAGAGAGAGGGCAAGUUUGCACGGCGUAGAAGAUCUUCGUAAGUGUCUGCCUUGCAGUUCUAAAUUGCUCUUCAAGCGCGUUCUUGCUGUUUCUCCAGCUUUCGCCUCUCAGAUUGCUUACAAAAAUGACAUACAGUUUGGUAAUACCUCAGGUCAGGAAGAAUUGCUGUUAGGUACAGUUUAAGCUUGGUCUUGCAUGAGACUAGAUUGCGUAGUCUUGCUAGCACCCCUAUUUUCCUACUCGCUUUUUUGAUUGAAUGGACAUGUAAAGAUCCGUAACACAAAUGAGGAAACUAAAGAACCAUAAAAAUGGAAUCUGGUGAAGACUACGCGUGGAGGAGUUACUGAAGUCAUCAAAAAUAAAAUGUGUUUAGCAAAAGCCGGUCUCAUGGGUUUUGCUUGCCAAAUAGCGUCGUCAUGUUCAGAAUAUUCACUUCAAGAUUAUUGCUUUUUAUCGACUACUAUCGAUUCCUAUUGAUUGUUACCGAUUUUGUUAAUCGAUAAUAAUCGUUAAAAUAUUUUUUCUGUGACCUCGAUUUCUAUCGAUUUCCAAUGUCAAUCGAUUUUAAUCAGCGGAUUAAAUCGAUUAAUACCGAUGAUAUCGAUUGAUUUCCGAUAUCGAUUUUUAUCGAUCAUGAUCAUCAGCAUACAUGAACAAGUUACUGGUGAGUACGUUCAGAGAUAAGUCAUUUUGAAACAAGAUCGAUAGUAGCGGACCGAGUGGUGAACCUUGUGGACAACCCCUUAACUGGUCUUUCCAUGUGCUUGCCAUAUUGUUGAUUUUAACGCAGUUUUUUCGUUCGAUGAAACAGGAACGAAGAGCUCUAAGGACAAGUAUCUUAAUCAUUACCGCAGAUCCAACUUUUCAAAUGCCUUGCUGAUGUCCGUUGACAAAACCGCUACGCAUUCCUCGUUAUCCAUAGCUUUUCUCCAGUCCUCCAUUAAACGGGUUAGUUUGAUCUCGCAGCUGUGCGUUUUCCUGUAAGCAGACAAUUUAUCAUAUAAAUGGGUAUCUAUUCUCUCUGUGAACGUUACUGCCUUCAGGGCAGUUACUGGUCUGUAAUUAGCCAAUAAUCGGCCCUGUCCUCCUUUUUGAAAACUGGUGUCCACACUCCCCUGUUCCAGUUACUCCGCCACUGCCCACUUUGACUACAGGUGUUAAAAAGACUUGUUUUACCAGGUGUAAGACCGACUGCCAUUUGCUUCAGAAUUUUAAUGAAGGUUCCGUCCCAUCCCAUGGCUUUUUACCUUCUUUAACUCGUUUUCGACUGCACGAGAGUUUAUCUUGAUGAAUUCAAAGUGAAGACUGUGGUAAGAAUGGCGAAAUGCUUCCACGCUCACAUGCGUUUUAAAGUCUUCUUCGCCGAGUUGAGGGACAUGUUGGCCUCCAAUUUCGUUUGCCAUCGUGGAGAAGUAAUCUCCAAAUACUUCUGCUACAUUUCUUUGGUCGCUAAUUAUGCUGUCAUUAAUCCGUAUGGAAAUGUUCGUGGUAUCGGUUACUUUUCGAACUUAGAAAUAGGUUGAAGGUCUUAUUAGAAUUCUUUUGGUCUCGUUUUCAAUUUACUGGACUUCUGUGCCCAAUGGUUUUUAAUAGAUUUUCUCCUCUACCUUGUAGCGAUAUUUCUCUACUUUUGUUUUAGCUCCCAAGUUUCAGGUGAACGAUGCCGCGCUUAAAUUUGUGCAUACUUUUUUUUCCUUUUUAAAGUUCAAGUUAUACGGGCAACAUUUUAGCUCAACUUGUCGCGCGAAGGUUAUCUUGAUAAAUAAUUGAUUGACUAUAAUUUCUUGAAUGUACAGGAUGACUAGACUGGCCGAGUAAUGCCCCAAACUGAUCAUGAUUACCCUCGUAAUAGUCAUUGAACACUUCUUUAGGCAACGUGAAAAGGGAUUUUAACACGGCGCAUCAUGUUGAGGCUAAUUCUAUAUCUGAACCUGAGGCUUUUAAUCAGUCUCUUCCAAGAUCGGGAGAGCAUUAUUAAGUAUCGACUAGUUACACCAUUAACUUUUUCAGGCAGAACGUGUGCUCCAGGCAGACUGUACAGACACAGACAUACUAUGCCGUCACAGCAACCACAGUCUACACAGCCACAACUACCAGCUGCGGUUGGUUUGGCUGGUUUAGAUGCUCUGCGUCACGGUAAGUAAGAAGUUUGUAACACUGAAGUAGUGCGGUAUUGGCAACAGCAUACAAAUGAAUAUCGCGGCAGAAAAUUAUAAGAUGAAGUGUGCAGUGUCUACGAAAAAGAAUUUCACGUCGGCUUUUUUCACUUUUGCUGACACCGUGUGCCGUCCCAAUGAUUCCACGAUGCACUGGUAAUCACUUUUGGGCGUAACAAUGUAUUCUCGUUUAAAGUGCUCUUUGUCACACAGUUAAGACCCGUUAAUUAAUGGUUGACAGCCAUUGUAUCCAAGACUAGAGGAGAUACAGGCAUUCGUCAAUUUACACGCUUCCACUUAUGUCAGUUAUUCUGACUCCAAAACAGAGGAAGAAAAUGGGGUACGCUGAUAUUCACUCUCACAAUACUAGAUGUGCAUCAAAUCUUAAUUUUCAUUUGCCACGUAUAAGGUCAAAUAAUGGCAAACACACUUUUAAGUUUGCCAUAACCAGAAUCUUGGAAGAGAUUCCUACUAGCAUGAAAACACUCAGCCACUACCAAUUCAAAAAACAAUGAAACGAAUUCUGCUUAAACGAACUGUGUCACGAAAUUCAGCCAGAUUAGGAAAUUACAAAAUGCCCAUUAAAUUAAGAGAAACGUAAAAAUAACCGCUUAAAACAUUAAAUGAGGUUAAAAAUAACACAACAGAAACAACAGAUACCACGGAUGGGGAAAACUGAAGAAGAUUGAAACGGAUUGAAAUUAGGGUUUUUGAAAACUGUUCAGUCUAACAGUUUUUCAAAGUUGACCCCUGCUGCUUGUAACUUCAAAAAUAAUGCUCAGGAGACAUAUUUGUUUGUCUCGGAUCUCUGAUUUUGUAAUUUACCUGUAAAUUCCUUGCUUACUUUAAGUUCCAUAGGAUUGAGGGCGAGUAAUUGGCAAAUUUAAACAAAAUGAACUGGACUGCCGUGACCCAGCCCCUUUAACUCUUAAAGUUAACUACAGAUAAGUGAUUGUUUCACAUUAGCGUCCAUAUUUGCCAUGGCACCUAUCGCACAUAAUGAGUAUUUCCAUUCAUCAUAGCAGUGGUUAGCUCGAAAGCUAAGCUCCUCUGACCACCGUCCACUUCUAUCAACCAUUAAUUUCUUUCGUUUCUUUUAUUCCUUUAUUUGUUAUUUCAUUCCUAUGUUACUGUAUACAGUGUAAAAAUUGUGAAUAAACUGAACUGAAGUGAACUGAACUCCCAUAAAGAGUAUACUUGCUGGCCAGUGGUUUCAAAGGUGAUUUGGCACAAGUAGUUCCCCAAAGAGUCACAUACGAAACACGCGUUAUAUCUUAUUUCAUAAUUUUGUUCCAUUUUGAAUUGGAUGCCAUUUAAAAUUCUAUUUAUACUAUUUUCUUUGAACUAAAGAGGCACUUUAAGGUAGUAAAUGAAUUAAACAGCGAUCAAUUCAAUGUUUACUUUUGAAACUCCAUUUCCGGGGCUCAAAUCCCGCCCUAACCGCUAGGGGGUAUCGUUACGUAGUGCCCACUUCAUUUCUUAGGCCUCGCUUUGUAAAAAGCUGACGUUUUUAUGUCCUGCCAGAUGGGAUUCGUAACCUUGCUAUGCUUAUUUAAUUCCUUCCAGUCAUUUGCUCGGUUCAGCUAGCCUUUGUCUUAUAAAUACUACCGCGGAUUAUUACCCCUGCUACGGUUUUCAUUUUGCUUUGGUAACAGUUUAUUAGCCUUGUUUUAACCUCGUUUUUUCCCUUGUGUUCCUUGAAAGACCAAGAACAGCCUACCGCUCUGUUCAGAGGACAAGAAGCAUCUCUUUGACGGUCCUCUUUUGCUGUAGUGGAUGGCAGAAGGCUUACUCCAGUUCGAGAGAAUGUAGACAAGGUACAUUCAAGAGACUCUUGCUACAAUAGGGACCCUAGCCAAAGGCGAUUUUGAAUGAAACACGUCAGUCGGAAGAAGUUGUUUUGCAUUCUCGUGCAGUGGUUUGGCCAAAAUUUUCAGGCAAAUCGCCCCGAUAAGGGAAAAGACACUUAGCGAUACGACAAGGCCAUUUCCGAGUUCCCCGGGCCUCUGUUUCAAAACGAGGGUAGGGGCUCAGCAUUUGAUAUGGAAAUCAUUUUUCAUUCUCAUGCAAAUAAAACUCAUUUUCAGAAGAAAGGUUGGCACCUAGCCUCAUUUUAAAAGUGGGGGUCUUUGGAACUGGGAAGUGGCCUAUUUUGUAUCACUUCCAGUUGUAACCUGCGAUGAGGCGUUCUUUUUUCGCAGAAAGAGCGUAAAUCGGCGGACGGAAAAGGGGAUGAAAACUUUCCUUUUGGCCUCCCAUACAAAAAGGGAAGAAGGAAAGCGUGAUUGCAGGUUAUUCCUGUUGACGUGCGUCGCUCAAAAACGCCUUUGCUCGUUUGGAAUCGUUUGUUUGGUUCAUAUUUUUGUGAACGUGACGGUACACAACGUUCAAUAGCAUUCCUGUUAUUUUGAUCUUUCUGACCAAUAAAAACUCCUCCUUAAUUUAUUCCGUCAUAAUCUGUGAACAAAACAACAAAGGACAGUGUACCGUCAGGGAGUUCCGAAUGAUAAAUUCACAGCUGCACUGUUGCUCUUAUCAGCUUUGAUGUUUGCCGUCUUUCGCAACACCAGACCUUCUACUAGUAACUAAUGUAUGCUCUGAUUAUUACUUCCCUAUAAUCAUGUUAACCGCUCUAUAUAAAAGCCCCAUAUUCUUCAAACUGAAUGAUGAUAAUCUUUAUUGAGGAUGCCAGCUUUAGGUAAACCAGUGAUUUACAGGAGGGCCCUGUUAGACUAAAAUCACUAUUAAAAAUAAUUAUUAUUAUUUACAAGUUAAAAGUUUAUAGACAUGGUUAUUAAAGUUCUAAAAAAUGAGAUGUACGUCAAUAAAUUAAAACUAAGAGUCUAAGAACAUACAUUUAAUAAUAUACAAGUCAUAACAUACAAGCAUAUUACGAAAGGUAUUGAUGUUGGCGGAGUCUCGCUUUUGGCGAGCUCUGUUUGCUGGGACACAAAAUAAUCACAAACCCAUUAUGGGAUAUUUUGGCCACGGGAGUGGCCGUUUUUAAAGCACAUAAAAGGGCUGCCCCACCCGAGGCCAAAGCAAGACGACCGCCAACAGAAACUACUGGUACCUACAAAUCAAAAUGUACAAUGGAAAAAGGGUGUGCGCCGCCUGAUACGAAAACCCGAAAAACCACAUGGGAAAAAUUGGGAACGUAUCGCCCAACCAAUGCAGUCACAUAAAACCUCUGGGGGUAAAAAGUAAGAAAGAUAUGACAUUAAAAAUAAAAAAGGUCAAUGCGCGAGAGCUGAGAUGAAUAUACUGUAUUAUAAUCAUCCAACCGUAAACACCUUACAACAAUAGAGUCAACUAGAGCCAUAACGGCUCAUGUGCGUUCAUAGCAAUAGGACAUUGUCUACAUUCUUUGUCACUGUCACUUACAGCUUAGUUCCACCAGUUUAUUUCAAUGGAGGUUAUGCACGUAAACAUAUAGAAAUAGAAUGGUAAGGCUGUUUACAAAGCCCUGCUUACUGAGAUGGAUCAGUGUAACCAACAGAAAUGUACAUGUUUGAAUGAAUGUGAGGGGUGUAUGGCCCUUGCUCACACUGUCAUCUUACCUGAUACAGAUCAAAAAGUGUGAAUCACUUAAGUUAACUAACAGUUUAAAAGUGAAAAUGAAUGAGAUAACUGUAUGGCCCUUGUUCACACAGCCAUCAUAAAUUACACUAGGGGCUGUUUACAUGGAGGUGGGGAACCCCAGGUAGGUGAGGUAACCCGCUUAGGUGGGGUAACCCGCCUGUCCAUAUAAUCUCUCAUUUUAAUAUGAUCACGUUUACAUGUUAGACUGGGUGACCCGCCACAUGUUACCUCACUUACCUGUGGUCCUCCACCUCCAUGUAAAAAGGCCCUUAUUCACUAAGCACUGAACACUAGAUGGGAAUGAAAUGGGCUACAUAAGCAAAUGAGUUAGUAAGUAUUUACUUAUUAACAGGUACUUUAAAAUUUCCCAGCAUUAUGUUUUCUAUAAAAGAAGGGUAUAACGUCUACAGAAACUGAGGUGCUGCGUUGGCCGGGCAGUGAAACAAAAAAAAAUGGUUUUCUCACCUAAGUCGAUACAGUCCAUUUAUCGUCUUAAAAUGGAUGAAAAAUUGACGUUUCUAACGCAAGCCGUUAGUCAGAGCAAAAUAUUUGACGGAGGGUAAGAGCUCAAAGUAACCCCCGGGAAGAGCCUACCUUCAAAUGUAAGAUACAUGAAUACGUGCCGCGGAAUGGGGUGUGGUUUUUGAGUUACUCAUUCCUAGAGGGAGUCGAUUUUGAUUAAGAGAUCCUAAUUAUGUUGUAAUGAAUAAUUUGAAGGAUAACCUUCUGUUUAAUCCAGGAUAAUAAACUAGAUAUUAACAGAUAAUUUGCUCAAAUAUUCCUUUUCUUUUCCAUAUAUCAGCGAUAUGUUCUCAAGGAUGUCACCCCAGUCACGGGAGCUGUGUUGCACCCGAUAACUGCCAGUGUCAAUCCGGUUGGACUGGUAACAACUGUGCGCAAGGUAUUCUAACUUUCCCGCUGGUUGCAUUGUGUUCAGAAAUCUACAUGAGUCGGACCUCAUCUACCUCAUAUUACUCCCAAUUAUUUGUAAUUUUCAUAUGGUAUCAUGUUUCACAGAAUUGCUCGCGUUUAGGUGAGUUAGGGGCUUAGGAACACUUCGUCUAUCACGCCGAAGGGAUGAAUCUCAUAAGCGUUACCAUGCAUGACUUACGGCAAGGCCUCAGUCUUGUACAUAUUGGUAAAACAAUGAGACGAAAAUGAUUUUUUCCAUGUUUUUCAUUACCCACGCCACCUUCUUCACCAUUAUCAUCAUCGUCAUCAUCUCCUUAGUUGCCCCGUUGUGUUUGUCCAUUUUCACGUUUUUGCCUCCAUUUUUUCACUAAAUUUUAUUUUUUUUAUCGCGUGAUUAGUCACUUACUUUUUUAUAUUCUUUUAUCUAUCGUAUCCAAGGAUGUGCACAUUAUUGCAAAAUUGCUUAAAAAAAAGAGAUCACUAGUUUAAAUUUCAAGUGGCUGAUUUUGUUAAGUUUAAAUGCAGUUUUUUUCGCUCCAUAGACUUAGAUGAAUGUGCUGUAAACAAAGGUGGAUGCGAUCAAGUGUGCACUAACACACAGGGUUCUUAUCAGUGCAGUUGCAAUCCUGGAUACACCAAAAGUGGUCAUCGAUGCCAUGGUAUAUUCACUAUUGUUAUCACUUUUAUAACUGGCAGAUGGCUAUAUAUUUUACUUCAGUUUUAACACUCGCAAAUCUGAAAAGAAUUCUCUUUUUGCAACAUCUAGAUCUAAAUAUGCGUUUCAAAUUUUCUUUUUCUGUAUAAGAAAUACUCUGGUAUUUUUCUUAGCCCUUCAUGUUAUGAGUUACACCCACGAAUACAAUAAAUGCGAUUCUAUGCCAGCAAAUUAAGCUCUAGCAUCCGAAACAUUUGAAACCGUUUGCCUUAAUUGUUCAAGUAAGUAAAGGCCAACUCAGUAAAACUAUUUUAUCAAGCAUAGCGCAGUCUUAUUGAAAAUCGUAGAGUAUCGGUAAUCUGGGACGCAGUCAACCUCGUUACCAGAUUCUCUUCUUUCCUUGGCAACUAGGCUCAGAUGGGCCCCUUUUCUUUCCCUGGGAACGAGGCUGGCAUGCAGUGAUAUAGUGUCUUCUCUAAAUAGAGUUACAAAAUGCAGCAUAACAUGGUCUAGUUAAUAGGCCAAGGGUUCCGGUGGCACGCCCCAUCAAAAAUUCAAGGAGUACCCAGGUUUUCAAUCAAGGUGAAUUACUUUCUUUUAUGACUAUUGUUCAUUUCCUCUCAGAUAUUAACGAGUGCCUGACAAUAGUUCCCAGUCCCUGCAGUUGCGGUGUAAGCGGCGAGCCUUGUGGUGCGAACUGUAUCAACCUUGUGCCCAGCUUCAUUUGUUCCUGUGCACCAGGAUUCCAGCUUAGAAGUGGUGGAACAAUUUGCGACGGUAAAAACUACUACUUUCUUGUGAGAAGAAAGUGUUUUUCUAUGUCGAAUGUGUUAGGGGUGUCAAUAAAUGUCUUCUUUAAUUUGAUUUUGAUAUCAUCUAAUAAUAGUAUCUAGGAAUUUCCAGCUUCCGAAUCUCACUGCAAUUUAUUUUUUUUUGUGACUAAAUAGUAAGAGGUCGUUAUUUAAAAAAAAAAUACAUUAAUUUCUGGCUUCUCAAUCUCAGUUCGCCUUAGAAAAAAAACAUUCUGUCUCUGAAUUUGUUCUUCAUGCAGAUAUCAACGAAUGUUUAACUGGGAAUGGAGGAUGCGAACAGAUUUGUAACAACUCUCCGGGGAAAUUCUCUUGUGGAUGUUAUCGGGGCUUUCGCGUGACAGCCAGUGAUGAAAGCCGAUGCGAAGGUAAAGAAAAAUGCAAAGACUUAAAAGUUGCAAUGGGCAAUGUGAAGUCUCUCAGUCCCUGAAAUGACCUACUUGGAAAUGAAUUGAUGAAAAUUUGAUUAUCUCUGUCAAAAAUUGAUUGGAGAGAUUAUGGCCUCCUGACGUGUCCAGCACAACUAGCGACCGCAUAACUGAAAGCGAAUAUCGUUUGAUUAAAAACAAAUCAAAAUCCCUUGCUUUCGAUUUCAAGUGACUGGAGUUGUUGUUGGAGUUCUCAUUCGCUACGCUUUUAAAUAAUGUAUUCAUCUUGUGCCAUUUGCGGAAUUUUUUUUGAACUGGUCAUGUUAUAAUGUCUCAAGGGAAAUAAUUCUUUUUUUAUUAAUUUCGUAAAGCCUCAAAAGGAAAGACAGAGGGUGUUCAAUUAAAUAUUCAUUUAUUCAAUGCAAGCCCUGCACAGUUCAAGUCACCCCAGACGAGCAAGCUCGAUGGGGAAGACACGUAGGUGCUAAUAAAGUAAGCAGAAGGGGCGGGUGGGUGGGGGCGACUCCAACUAAAGUUAGUCAAACUGACAACUGUGAAUAAUUAACACAUGCUUAUAUACUAUGCGCGAAGUCUAUUGAAUAUUAAUAAGGUAUAAGUAGUUCAAUAUCCUUCUUGCAUUCUUAUUAGCAUUUCGUUAUGGGAAGUCACCCCAGACUGCGCCUAUCGCUGUAGAAUCCCCUACAUAAUCCUAACAUAAACACCAUGAUGAACUCUUACCCUUCCCAAUCCUUAACUAAAUUGAACUUUCCCAACCCUAACUAAUCCCCAAACCCAUACAACAAAAUCUUAACAAAUUGCCACAAGUCAAUGAGGGUUGUCCAAUACUCGCCACUUGUUCAAAUUGUGAAAGUCGUGGUGUGUGUGUUUCUGUGCGCUUCAACUUGUACGAAGGGUAAAAGUGGUUAGAUCAGCCUUUCAAUUCAUGCGAUUGGUGCUAGUCGUGAAUGGGUGAUUUCCGUGUGAUAACUUAGGUAUGACAUAUAGUGAAAAUGCAUCUCACUUGCACGUACAAUUGGAGAACACGCAUCUCAUUAGCGACACAAAGACUUGGUUGGCAAAGUUGUCGUGAGGGAACCCUCUCAAGUGGUACGACUCGUUCGAGUCGUGCAAAUCACAUCUGCUAGAGAGAGGUUACACGAGAUCUCACACGUACGACCCUGUCAUAAAUAAAUUUUGAGACAGAAAACUUGCCCUUCGACAUAAAAGUGAAAUCUACGAAUCUUGUCUUUUGUGAGUCACACAAUACCGUCACACUAAGUGCCUAACCUAAAGCAAAGUCGCGUGAGAAACUAGCAUUGAAUACAACAACAAGCGAAAUUUGCAAGAGUCCGCCUCUCAUAUCGUACAAAGGAGAACAGUUGCUCAAAGACAUACCAGCAUAGGAGCCAAACUAUGAAAAGGCUAAAACACGCGCCGGGCGCGGGGAGUCAUGCAGGCCAGUCAACCCCCUCUUACACCUGUUACACGGUAUUGUACGCAUUAGUAUUUACGCAAUUAUUUUAACGCGUCGGCUGCCUCAGCAUGGUUAGGUGCGCGAGGCGCACUGGAUUAUGGAACGGGGACCACCAACCCAUGUGAUCCUUGUUAACUUUGUCCUAGCAUUGCGAGUGAGCCGCAAUGAGUAAGCCGGCUUAGGCUCUUAAAUCGCUUGGCGAGGGAAGAGGAUAUGGCUCCCCUCCUAUAAAACGAUGCGAUUUCAGCAAAAUCUGCAGUCUUUCGUGAAAAGGGGGUUGUCAACUGAACAAAACAAAACGUCCACACAAUGCAUAUUAAAGAUUAUGACUCUUUCUGAAGCACAGUCAAAACGAUUGAAAAUGCUGACUCUAGUGUACUAUUACGCCACUUUAAAGACCAAAUAUUAAAGGCCAGAAGUAAAAAGCGAGCUUAAAAGCUGUCUCAUACUGCUCACGACCCGUGCAUAGCCGACUUAGAGAUCUAGGAACAUCUGACGUUCCCUUUAAGUGAAAAUCUUCGGGGGCAACAGAUCUUCGAAAAGCAGAUCUGUUUCCCUGGUGGGGAUGUUCCCACCGAAACUCGUGGUUCAUGACUUCAACCCACCUCUGGUUACCAUUGCAGUAAAGUCCGUACCCGACUUGAGACGCAACUGACAUAUUAUGUAGCUGAGCAGUGGCAAUGCUUCCAAAAUCAGGAGGCUGAAAGUUUCUUGGGAUGUUCAGCUGCUCUAAUAGCGGUAACUGACUUCUCCAUCUUCCCCAUUUGGCAAGAACUUCUCCCUCGAUUGGCUCGUCCCAGUCUUUUCCGUGACAGAUCUCUUGAAGUAUCUGCUUUCCAAAAGGACGACGGGCGCAAUCAGCCCGAGAGGAUCAAAGAUCGAGCUUAUAGUUGCCAGUAUACCCCUACGGGUGCACGGCUUGUCCUUCAACUCUAUCCUGAAUUUGAAUGCGUCCGAUUCAAUGCACCAUUCUACACCCAAUGCUCUCUCUAUUGGUAACUUGUCACUGCCUAGGUCUAGGCCCUUGAUCUCCUUUGCUCUGUCUUCAGCAGGUACUGACAUCAUCACCUUUCUACUGUUGCUGACAAAUUUCGUUAGUUUGAACCCUCCCUUUGCACACAUCUCUUUAACAGCUUGUACUAGUUCUACAGCGUCCUUCUCUGUCGGUACCAAACUCAGGGCAUCAUCGACGUAAAAGUUCUUCCUUAAUGUUUCGGCAGCUCUUGCACCAAACUCUCUUUCACCGUCUUCGGCUGUACGUUUCAAGGCGAAGUUAGAACACCCUGGAGAUGAACCAACUCUAAAGAGGUGCACUGUCAUGCAGUACUCUUGAGGCUCUUGAGUUAAAUCUCCAUUUGGCCACCAUAAGAAGCGAAGGAAGUUUUGAUCUUCCCUUGGAACCUUGACUUGAAAAAACAUUUUCUCUAUGUCAGCCAUGAAGGCUACCUUCUCCUCUCUGAAUCUUGUGAGCACCCCAGUGAGCUUGUUUGUUAAAUCGGGCCCUUGCAAUAGGUGGCCAUUCAGCGAUUCACCCUGGUAACGAGCUGAACAGUCAAAUGCUACGCGUAUGCUGCCUGGCUUUUUGGGGUGGUAAACCCCGUGGUGAGGUAAGUACCAGGCCUUUCCUUCUUGAUGGGGUAGCUCUUCAACCUUGACCUUUCGAGCAUAUCCCUUCUCUAUGAUUUCAGUCAUGAAUCUGACGUAGUCAGCACGAUACCGUUGCGUCGCCUUGGAGUCUCUUCUUAAGGCCGUGCAGGCGUUGCUCUGCUUGAGGACGGUUAUUGGGUAGCUGUACAUUCUUUUCUCUAAAGGGCAGAGGCAUCUCGUAAUGCAUGUCAUCUCUAUGAUGGAUUCCAUCUUCUACAAUCUUCAGGAACUGGCGGUCUUCUCUUGAUAAUGCGACUCCGUAUUCCCUUUCGGCAAAGUCCACCUCAAACAUUCGAGAAACCACUUGAGGGGUUAGCCGCUCCUUAAUCUCUGUCAUAGCAACGAUGUACCCAUUCACGUUAUCCUCUGUGUUGCUCUUAAGAAUCUGAAUAUGGUUACAAUGUACUUGUUUACUGCUCUUUUGGUUAACAGGACCGUUUACGUGCCAUCCCAGUAGUGAUCUUACUGCAUAGGGUUCAUUCUCAUUCCCGCAAACAAUGUCUCUUGGUCGCACUGCACUAGGGCAAUUUAGUCCGAUCAGGAGUCCUAUUUCUACGUCUUCCAUGUGAGGAGGUACGUGUUUCGUAACCAUCUGCAAAUGUGACCAUCCUUGCAGCUCUUCGGGACGAGGAAUCUCAUCACGAUCUGCUGGAAUCCGUUGUCUGACGUAGGUUCUCGGUAGGGGUACGAUAACGUCGUUUUCUUGAAAGUGGGAAGCCAUUAGCCCAUCUACCGCUUUAGUAUCGACUUCUUGGGUACCAUGCAUAGUAGUGAGCAAAAGUUUGGUUUCACUUCCUUUAACACCAAGCCUUCUUAACGAGUCUUCCUUAAUGAAUGUUCCACCACUGGCAUUAUCAAGGAGGGCGAAAACACAUAUCUUAUUGUUUGGAUUGUCCUUGUGGUACAACCAUACUGGGAUAAUACCCAUAGCAACUGGAACAUCACCGGCAUCUGUCACAUUGCAAAUUGCAGUACACACGUUAACGACUCGCUCUUCCGUUUUCUUUUUACUGGCUUCCGGUUUCUCAUGUUGGCCGUUUCCACUUUCCAUUUUCACCUCUUCUGAUUUCCAACUGUAAUCAUGGAGUGACGUUGGGUGUUUUUUAUUGCAGAUCUGACAGGUUCUUUUACUUUUGCAAAGCUUGGCAAUGUGUUCACAACUAUAGCAACCAAAGCAUAAGCCUUUCUGUUUGAUAAAGUUUCUCCGCUCCACUAGCGGUUUUUUAAGAAACUCAGCACAUUCGUCCAGAUGAUGCGCCUUAGAGCACAAUGUACAGCUGAUGGGGUGAGAAUUUCCUCCACCUGCAUUCUUUCCUGCCAAGCCUGUUGCAAAGUUGGUACCCCUUCCUCUCUUGGGUUUGCGUUCGUUCUGUUUAUGGUACUUGUCAACUGCGUUCAUCGGUUUACUUAUGCCUUCCUCGGAAUAGAUUGGGUCUGUCGCUAAAUCGGCUUGCUCUGAUACAAAUUGGCAAAAGUCAUUAAAGCUAGCUGUCUGUCCCUUGACACUCCUAAUCCUGCUAACUCUUUCAGUCCACUUACUACGUAGAUAUCGCGGCAGCUUUUCCCAUAACUGGCGCAUAACAUUGGCCGUGUUCAAGUCGUUCAUGUAUUGCAUGCCUGUCAUGGCGUUCCUUGCUUGCUCAAGGACAAUAGAAAAUUCUUGUAACCCUGUUCCGUCGUUAGGCUUAACAGCGGGCCACCUCGACAGCUUGGCGAUGUAUGCACUUGCAAUCUUGUAUGAGUCACCAAAAUGUUUCUUCAAAAGCCGUCUAGCCUCCUUGUACGAAUCUUCGCCUUUCAUUUGUAAACAACCCUUUAUCAGUUCCUUGGCCUUUCCACUAGUGUAUUGAUCCAAGAAGUACAAGCGCUCAUUAGAAUCAUCUACCUUAGAUUCUAUGAGAGUUUCAAAGGCUGUUAUGAAUGCUGGGUAUGACAUAACGUCUCCCGAAAACGUAGGUGGCUUGUGACUAGGUAGGAGACUCCUAGCCUGUUGGGUAACAAUCAUUUCUGAAAGUUCAGCCUGCUUCCUUUGAAUGUCAAGAUAGUUUUGAUCUAACCCUGUACCUUCCACAGAGCUUGAAUCCUUUCCGAAACUGCACGUACAUUCCCUUUUAACAUGUGGUAGCUUAUAAUCAGUGGGGGUUUCGUACUUGUCCUUAUACUCUUCUUCCUUAAUGGGAACACUCUUUGAAACAAAGGGUCGGGCAGUUGGGUUCAUACUAGCAGCACUGACAAAAGCUGGGGUGGUUACAGGAGUGGUCGUUGAACCAACAAUAGCUGAACUUUGGAACUUCACAGAAGGCACCCUUAGUGUAGCCUGAUCGUUAGAUUGUACCCCAGGUGAGAUGGUAGUAGAAGUGAGUUUAACCUCGACAUCUUCCAAGUUUUCGUCCAUUCCGUCAAUAUUUUGUUCCUCCUCGAAUUUCUCAUAAGUUUUUUCUUCUGCCUUUGCCUCUGCGAUUUGCUGCCUAAGCUCAAGCUCUUCAGUAGCCAUUUUUAAUGCUUGUUUCUCUUUUAGAAAUGACGCCUUAACCUCUAACGCUGCAGCUUUAGCUUUCGCUUCAAUUAACUUUAACCUAGCAGACGUUACCGAGGAAAGGGAGUGCCUUGAGCGACGAGAUGACUUAGAUUUCACUGAGUGUGUAUCACGUAAACCGCCACGUAGCUUAUCUGCAUCAUCCAAAAAGCCAAUAAUCCUUUGCUUUAGCUGGAGCACAUCCUUAUCACGAGUGCCAAACCAUUCAAGAGCUAAUUUAAUUUCAUCAUUAUCAUCUAAGGCCUUGAGAUAUGCGUCAUGUGCUUCUUGUACUUUAACAAAUAGCUGAUCUAAAUGAAUAACUUCCGUACGCACUUGUUUUUCGUUCUCAAAAUCCGUUAACAAAGGUGAGACUAAGUUCAUCUGCUUAGUUAAAUUAGCAAGUGCAGUUUUCCGAUUUUCCUUCAACUUUUGAAUCUCAAAUUGCCUACCCCUUUCUGUAGGAAUCCGUUUUCGCACGUCCAUGUGAGUUUCUUGAGCCAAUAAACCGGUCAGCCGCGAUAUCGCACGAGGUGACGAGCAGAUUGUAUCGAGAUCCAUAUCGACUUCGCGCCAAGUGCAAAGCUUCUCUUCAUCAGGGAACUCCGUUUUCCCUUGUAAAUCUUCUUCCUUGUCUCCUUCCAUGUGAUUCGUUUGUAGGUCAAACUGUAACAGCCGUCAAUUCGAUGUCAAUUCCACGUUUUAUUCGAUCCGAUCAACUACGCUCAGCACACCGUUCGAAUACAAUACCGUACAAGAAAUCCUUACAAACAAGCAAGUGUCUCUAUCCGUAACCUUGAAAACUGCCGAAAUAUCCGUAAUGCUUCCGUAAUGUUCUAUUCCUUCGAUGUGAGUCUAGUUAAACGAUCCUUAUCCGAGAAAUAAAGGCGAAAAUAACAAGCGAUAAAAGCACAUGUAUGCCGAGGUUUGAGCUAGUGUCGAAUGACAACACCUCGGCGCAGACUGGGCCUAGUGCACAGGACACCUAGCAUUUACAUCCAGAGAUAUUAAACAUGUCUGUAUCUGCUUACUCUCAGUAACGUUAAAGGCACAAAUAUCGGCGAUUCUUCACCGAGAGUUACCGAGAAGAAAACGAUCAAAAGAUCACAAAUCGUGAAGAGACUGCAAACCCGAGCUCGGAGAAAAUGACCACCAUAGCCCGAGUAAUCGGGCUCAAGGGCAUGCCUAUAGGCAAAACGCUUGUGGGGUCACUUCUCCAACCUCGAGACCACAGAGAAACUAGAAAAAAAAGGUAUUUCAAAAUAGUGCCUAUAUGCUUAAAUUUGUCGAUAAACCCAACGAAACGAUCAAGUAUAUAUGGCAAUCACGGUAACCAGGCCUCCUCCGCCCGUUCCUCUGGGCAAGUAUGCUAAAUAUGGCCCGCUUUAAAGCACAGUUCAGCCAUGACUUUCGGCUGUCCAACGGUAUGGAGCACCGAGCUGUGCGCGUCCGUCCCAAAGAACGGUCCUCGUUUUAUUAAUGGAAACAGCAAAGACUUCUAGACUCAGAUCCCUCCCAAACCCCUUUCGAGUUGCGUUCUUUUCUACCUUAUAAUGCAUUAUUUAUACCGAAUCGAGGGAUAGCGAUACACCUCUCUCUCGGUCCUCGACCGAUCAUUUUUUUUUUCCGUUGUUUCUUUUUUAACGCCACCCCGUGGCACUGAGCGAUACUACUCUCUCGGUCCGCGACCGAUCUCUCUCUCUCCUCUUUUUUUUUUUUUAACGCCACCUUGUGACACAGAGCGACACCGCUCUCUCGGUCCUCGACCGAUCCUUUCUCUUUUAACGCCAUCCCGUGGCACAGAGCGAUACUGCUCUCUCGGUCCUCGACCGAUCUCUCUCCUUUCUUUUUAACGCCAUGCCGUGGCACAGAGCGAUACUGCUCUCUCGGUCCGCGACCGAUCUCUCUCCUUUCUUUUUUAACGCCAUCCCGUGGCACAGAGCUAUACUGCUCUCUCGGUCAGCGACCGAUCUCUCUCCUUUUUUUUUUUUUUGACGCCACCCCGUGGCACAGAGCGACACCGCUCUCUCGGUCCUCGACCGAUCCUUUUUUUUUUCAACACCACCCCGUGGCACAGAGUGACACUGCUCUCUCGGUCCGCCUUAGCCCGCGUAGCAAGCGUUUCCGUGCGGUUUAGGAGCAAAGAAUGAGGAAAUGGCGCAAGUAAAGAGCGGGAAGGGGGCACCCCGUGGCACAGAGCGACACCGCUCUUGGACCGCGACCGAUGUUUUUUUGUUUUUUUUAAUGCCACCGCGUGGCACCGCAACGCCACUCUUUUAGCCCUCGACCAAAACGUUAUCUCGUCUCUUCUCUCUUGUAACCACCAUCUGAUAGGCAAAGAGUCCUCCGUAGAAAAUAUCGCAGCACCACGUGGCACACUGGGCAAUGCUCCCAAACUCGUCGCUCAAACUAGGUUCCUCUUUUCAAAAGGAAAGCCACGUCACCUGGCGACACAAAGACACAGAAGCUUAAGAUUUUAACUAGCCGGUCCUCAACCAAAAUGAACAAGUGUUCAAAAAUAUAAAAUAACUGAUUUACCAAAUAUCCAAGAAAAGAAGCACAACUACAAUAACAAAAUAGUGCACAACGCAAGAUUGCAGAGAAAAAAAAAAAAAAAAAAAAAAGAAAGACGUGCGAGAAUAAAAGCGAAUAAAUUACCCAGCACGUGGUAAAAGCACGAAAAUAAAAACUGGUUUCCCAGCACUAGUCCAAACAAACUAAAUGAGAAUUAAAACAACCAGCAAAAGACCAAACAUAAGGCUCCCUAGACCAAUGCAAAUCCAACAACGAAAACUGAAAAUACCUGGGUGUUCUGUCGAGUUUAGUACAUCAGACGUGGUGGAAUUUUCGCAGUUCGAAUGUCUAUCAUCUUCGGAUGCCGCUAAGCUUGCAAAACAGGUUGCGAUGUCGACGAAGUUAAAGUCGAGCAAAUAAGUGGCACGAGCUGAGCCUUGAAGAAGAUGAAGAAAUAUCUCUUGGACCAUGACUCGAGCAUUCGACCUCGUGGGGACGGACGCGCACCCGAAACGGUGAGGCGACUCCAACUAACGUGUUUCAAACUGACAACUGUGAAUAAUUAACACAUGCUUAUAUACUAUGCGCGAAGUCUAUUGAAUAUUAAUAAGGUAUAAAUAGAUAAGAAAUGUGAAAUCUGUUUAUCGAUUGCUGUCAAUGCUCUAGACUCGAAAAAAUAUUUAUUCAAGUAACUACAGGUGCCUGGUACUUGGUUAAAAAGGCUACGCCCUGUUCGUUGGCAACGAUAUUGGCACAAAAUCAAAUGUAUAUUUUAAAAUCUUCCGUAAACGUUUCAUAUACAGUAUGCCCUCGCAGAAGUACCAUUAUAAAUAGCGUAUUUGUUUCGCCUGCAGACAUUGAUGAAUGCUUGUCCAGUAACGGGCUUUGCGCUCAACAGUGCAUCAAUACUGAAGGCUCGUAUUCAUGCCGCUGCAAUCAUGGAUUCUUCUUGGAUUCAAAUGGCAGAACUUGCUCAGGUAAUUUUUAUAUGCUCUUUCUCAGGAUGACGUUAUUUGACUUAAGCAGCCAAUUAAACCUUAUAAUUAUUUCGCUUGCUGCUCCUUACCUACAUUUAUAGAGUAGUCCUAACGAGUUAAACAAGAGCCAAUGUGGAGUUUAUCUCGGGAACAAUUUGAGAUGUAAGAACAUAACGAGAGGGAUGUUGUCGUUAUUGGUUCGAAUUAAUAAAAGUUAAAAGGAAAAUGAUUGACCAAAGUGUAUUUCAGCAUCUUUCAUUUAAAGUAAGACAAACAAAAGGAACGUAACAAUUAAUACUCAAGUUGUUCUUUAGAUAAACUGUAGGUGGAAUGGGCUUUAGACUUUGUAGAUGUAUCCAAUACAACUAGACGUACAAUUCUUCUACAAUAUAUAGAGGAUAUUACAUGGCCGCGUGGAAAUACGAAAUUUCUCUUCGAUUGUUGAAAAAUAUUUCACGAGUGAGCGCAGCGAACUAGUGAAAUAAUUUUUCAACAGGAGAAGAGAAAUUUCGUAUCUCCAAGCGGCCAUGUAAUGUUCUAUUUAUUAUAUAAACACCAAUGAAAUACCAAACCAUUUCACUUUAAUAGUUUUUUAGUAUGAAAGGCGCGAAUUAUUAUGUAGCCAUAGCAAAGGUGAUAUUUUCAGAUGGGAAGACAACAUGUUAUUUUCACAUGUAAAGAUAUCAAGUUCUCGCGAAAAAGCUCACUUGGUAUUUCAUUGGUGUUUAUAUAACAAAAAAGAAUAUUAUAUGACAGGAAGUCAACACAAUCUGUGGCAUUGCAAAAAGUAUAAUUGUCCAUCGUGAAAUGAAACUUUUCCAUGUCUAUUUUUUGGUGUAGCUUUGACUAGACCAAUUUGUUCCCCCGUCCCCUCCCACCAACAAGUUCACUUAUUUUAGCCUCGCUACGGGUCUGACUCUUUUUUAUUAGUUAUCGUAGUAGAGGCGUAAUCGAUUCUGACAUCCCUACUUGUUUGGCCUAGAAGGUGAUAAAAAUUAAUCUCUAGUCUUGUGCUUUCCAAACUUUUACCAGUUAUUAUGGGCUCAUUCUUAUGAUCACUGAACGUUGUAAAAGGGAACGUGGAGGGUACCCCUCGUCUAAAGCUAAAUGAGAAAGUAAUGAAUGGCACAAAGAAGUGACCCAUACUUUUUCUGACUUGGAUUUCAGAUCAUGAUGAGUGUAUGUCGAGCCACCAUGGAUGUCAGCAUCGGUGCAACAAUUUUCUUGGAAGCUUUUUCUGUUCAUGUUUUUCUGGAUAUGCGAUAAACAGAGACAAUAAAACUUGUUCAGGUAUGCGUUCGAAUUGUGCAUGUUAAAAGAGCAAACUAAUAACCAAUAAGUAGAGGGUGGACUCAAAUUAUUUAUCGGUAAGAUAUAAAUUACUAAAAACGCCGAAAUCCUUUACUCACUAUUAAUUUUCUGAACUGAAAAACUGAGCUAGUACGUCAGCUAAUGAUACUGAGUGAAAGGCAAUGGAAUUAUUGCAUGGUUUUACUCAUAGCUGAUAAACGUUAUCUCCGAAAAAAAAAAACAGGUACAUCAAUAAUUUGAUGCAAAAAAAUUGCAAAAUGGGAACGUUUAGGCUUUGAGCCGAUAGCAGAACCUGUAGAAUAUCACGUUUGGGAACAACAGCGUGGUCAAGAACAGAGUUGCAUUAGGCCAUAUAUUUUCUUUUCAAGACCCCCCGUAUUUAUACGGUAAUCAGUAACAGAUAAGUAAAAUUAACGUACUUUAAUUCUUUCAGACGUGAAUGAGUGUGCUCCAGUUUAUGUGGCCAGCCUGAACAGAACCAUUAUUCCUGCUGGGUGCGACCAACUUUGCCACAACACACAAGGGAAUUACACCUGCAGUUGUAACCGUGGAUACGGUCUGCUCUACGAUGGAAAACGAUGCCGAGGUAUUAUUUAAGACAUUUGUAAACCCCAUAACGCCUCUGUUUUUUAUUUACCUUGUCGAUCUCCGGCAGAUAAUUGCUGUGAUCUUUGAACACAAACCAUUAACUUUAAUUUUUGAACAACACAGAUGUAGACGAAUGUCUCUCAGGAAGCCACUCUUGUCAGCACAUUUGCCACAACACACCUGGAUCUUAUGGUUGCUCGUGUUUGUCCGGAUACAGGCUUAAACCGGACAUGAGAACCUGUGAAGGUGAACGCCUUAACGUUUUCUUUCUGAUUUUGAAUAAAACAUAAUCUUAAAUGCCGCCUGACGCUCACACAUUGCCUCUUUAGUAUAACCCACCGUAACACACUGCGCGAAACGGGGAAGUAAAUAUCUACAACCGACAAACAAGGUCAAUCUUGUAUGUGACAUUAAGAGGGCGGCUGGGAGUGUGAUGUUAAAAAAAGCGCCACAUUCGCAAAAAUUGUCCCAAGAGUUUUUUCAGGAUUGUAAUAUUGUCACAGGCAUUUGUUACCAGAGAUGCAAUGCCUUUGCUUACAACUGAUCCAACCUAAUGCUGAAACGCACGUAGGGAUCGCCCCAAGUAAGGUAAUCCAAGAUUGGAUUCCGGAUUCUCUCUCAGUUGAGCUUGAAUUUAGGAUUCUCAGUUGAAAGGGUUCCAGUCGGAUUCCAAUCGUCAGGAUUCCUUGAGCUACAUACCGGAUUCCGAAGCCACGAACUCAUUCUGUUUUCCACAAGAAAAAUUUCCUACAUUGCGGAAUCCGGAUUCCCUUACAUUGGGCGAUAGGGAAAACUAUUCCUUGUCUAAGCAGCCAGUCCAAGGGUCUUAAAAAACACUCUCUUCUGAUUUCCAACACUAGGCAUUUGUAACAUUAAUCCUUACUUUUUUUGAGAAGGGCUUCCUUGCGAGGCUAUCAAGGCCCCACCUAAUGGAAACAUGACAUGUAGCGGCUUGGUUACCAACGAGACCUGCUUGUUUUCCUGCAAUGGUGGCUAUGAAAUGCAAGGCUCUGAAAGACGAACCUGCCUGAAUUCUGCACAAUGGGACGGUGAUGAAACAUUUUGCAAAGGUGAGCAAAGACGUGGUCUCUGUAAAACUCAUCCCUGGUUAAACUGUUGUUUACAGCCUAUAUUGUUAAAUAACGAGACAAGACCAACAAAAUUAAGCUUAGCCAUAUCUGACUGGAAAAUUUAAGCGUUACUAUCCAUUGGGUAAUUGUUAUGCAAUGUCAACAAACGAUUCCCUCUCACCUCACUCUUGUUUUAUCACCCGUGCACAGUGAAAAGUUGUGGUCGCCUAGACCUUCCAGCAAGAGGACAAGUGUAUCUUCCUUGUUACUCUACAUUUGGCUCAAGAUGUACACUUGGUUGUAUGGAUGGCCACUUUGGCCUUGGUAGUAAUCUUGCUACUUGCCGCCUGACUAAUUCAAGCGAAGUUAAGUGGGACAUAGGAAACUUUACUUGCGAAGGUUAGUAUUGUUAAGUUUCAAUAAGUUAUGUGAUAUCAUUCCAGACGUGAAAACCCUGUCCAUUUGAAUCCUUAUAUCAAAUAAAAGUGUUACAGCCUAUCCUUUUCAUACCGUUAGAAAAUAUUAUCUUUAUAUUUGAGCUAAGACAGGAAAAACAAAGUGCUUGCGUUUUUAUUAAAAUAGUUCCUGAAUUAGCUUAGCCGCACUCCUUCGCAGACCUUAUUUCUUUUAAUAUUGUGAUGUCGAGGUGGCCUAUCCUAUAAUCCUAGUCAUUUCUUUUAAAAGGUCUCCUCGCCUAACAACUUGCUGUCUCCUUUAAAAUUUGUUCUAACACAAAGGCUAAUAAAUGAUGAUUAUAGUGGUGAUGAUGACACGAUGUGCAUCUGCUUCUACAGCGCAACCUGAUGGUGGUUAAACAAGAAAAACUGUCGAAAAUUAAGAAAAGUGCUUAACGCUUUCACUGCAUUGACAAGUACUCUGCUUCUUUACUCUACUCAAGUAGAUUACGGCCUGGUUCUUUACAGAUUUCUCAGAAUUGGGGUGGUCUAAUGUAAAUUUUUUUUUUAAGAUCCCGCUCCCUUUUUUAGCUUGUAUCCCGGGUAUCCCAGGUCUAAUAAAUAAAGGCUAACCAUAACCAAGAAAUCUUCAAAUUUCAUUUUAAAAUUGUUUAUUACUGCAUUAUGAGACCAGCUACGCCCUGUUUAUUGAGAUAUCUUUUGGGUCGAAAUGCCCACUAUGUAGAAAGCAAACCGUUUUCCUUUUGUAGGUCCAAACAGUGGCUACUGAUAGUCUUCUUGUAAAAACCGAUGGAAUGAGACUAAGUCAUUCAACGUCUCUCUCCUAACGACAAUCUUAGUUAGAGCGGGGCUGGCACUAGUCAAUGAACACCAAUUUCACCUACAAUUUGUAAAGAUUCCAACCUUUCCGAGCUGAUUUCGUAGACACUUUGUAUGGUCAAAGUUUUGACUAGGACACACUGGAGCUACACAUUUAGCAAGUGGUGGGUAUCCUUCGUUGAAAUUUUCGAACCGAAAAGGGCGUGGUCGAUCACGUGACCUGAUAAUUUGUAUUUCUUUUUUCAAGUUUUUUUAAGGUCAGUUUACCUAACCAUCUAAUAUAUAGAUUUAGCCACGGCUAAAAGCGAAGCUCCCAUUGAUAAAUUUAUAACUUAAAUCAAACAAUAAUUUUGUUUUCCACAAAUCAGUUAACUUAAGGGCACAUUCCUGUGACUUUUGAGGGAAAAGCUAAGUGAUUUUGGAGUGAAACAAAUCUUGUAUCGAGUUGAUAUAGCCUUAUAUGUACACCCAAAAAAUAGUCUUCGGUCACAUUUAAGAGAAAUAAUGGCUCUUGAUCACAGUAGAUAAGGCGUGGAAAACAAAUUCUUGGAAAACAAAUCAGGUCGAGUUUUUUGCGUUCGACAAGUUUACAAAUUCUUGCCAAUAAAUCUGGGUGCGUGCAAACCAAUCUUUUAUUAAUUUUUUUUAUACACCACAUCUGAGGAGAAAGAGUCACGGCUAUGAGGCGCUGUUUUUGUCAUACAGACCUCGUACAAAAUGCAGUAUUUCACAAUUUUUCAAGACAAAUUGAAUUCAUUCAAUAUUCAGGACCAUCGAAGCAAGCGUGGACUUUUAAUUAGCGAAACCAUUCAAAAAAUUUCCAAAAUGAACUAUACGUCCAGCCGGUUCUAACUUUUGACAAGCGCCAAAUUUGCGAAGAAAUUUUAAAAGAGUUACGCUUCAACGUGAUAAAGAAUUUAUUGAGUCUGUUUUUUAUCAAUGGUUUUAUAACGAUGUGUAAUCUUAAAAAGCGUUUGAUACGCUCGGCAAUUUGAGUACUCCUGCAAGCGAUGUUUUUGAACGGCUGAAAACAAACGGCAAAGCGAUGAAAAUUACACUUUUGAGACUACCAACAAUCAAUAAAGAAAUAUAAUUCGGUAGAACAUUUACAGAGACAACAAUUUUCAUUCACGAAAACAAAUGAGUAUUUAAGUGUCUCUAAGAAUCCUCAAGUCUUUACUAGUAAGAUUAAAGAUUAAGUUUAUGUUUUAAGCCGCCGGUUUCUCGGUGUUUGCUGUUUUCAAAGACGAACUCACGACAAGAAAAUCGCUAAAAGCUUUCUUUCAACAGCCAAAAUUAUAACUAAAUAUUCUUCGGAAAGUCUUUUCUUUCUAUUUAAGGUGAAUUAAUAUCGAUUAAAGGCUUUUUAAAGUUCUGUAAGCUUAAGCUUAUAUCAAACCUCAUACUAGGUCAGGUCAGUGUCUCAGUCAAAUUUUAAUACAAACGUGCAUAAAAUAAACUAGCUUCAUAAACUGCGCCGCUGGACUUCAUGAAAUUAUAUUUAAAUACAAUAAUUACUCAGGCUUACCAUAAUUCGAGAUGCAGCUCCUGAAAGCUAUCAAGUAAGGCAAGGAUCGCUUGAGCCUUUAUAAUUCUCGUACGCAUCCAGCAAGGUGAAAAACAAAAACGAUGCCAUCCGAAAUCGGAAUAGCGGCUUUGACAAGCGACGCAUUUCUCAACCAAAAACCCAAUAAACAAACCAGCCAUGAAUAAGAGAACACUCUUGAUAGCAGCUGUAUUUCAUUUUGUACAUUCAGUGGAAAAAGACAGUUAAAAACAUCACAAGUUGACUCAAACUCUGUCAGCUUCAGCUGUCAAAGUAAACAACUUCCAAGAUGCUGCAUAAAUUUUAUGCAUGAACUCACCUGUCAAAUUUUAACCAAUCAGAGCAUAAAAGUUGGACGUGGAGCGUGAUCGACACGUGACCAUGGUAAGAAAAGGUCUUCCCCGCCUGUAUUCUAGAAAAACUGGCUGAAUUUUUGCGUCUGAGGUCAGUUUGAAAUCAAAAUCGUAAUAGUGCGGGACGAUACUGACAUAAACAGAACAGAUUUGAUAUGAAUUUUAAAAAAAGUAAACGUGAGCCUGCGAUCAUUUGAAAACGAGUAAAUUGUCAGCGGAUAACUUCAAAAAAACACUCGACCUUGAUGGGUAGACACCUGAGCCCGCGAUACGGUCAGGUGAUACUGGUCAGCGGAUACCCUGUUUUGACAGCUGUCAAUUAAUGACAACAUUGAUGUGCUGUCGGCUUUCUCCUGUGCUCCCAACGUAACUAGAAAGUGUGAGAGUAAACAUUGGUAUGCCUGUGGUGCGGACGGACGGUCGGACGGUCGGUCGGUCGGUUGGUCGGUUACGUGAUUACCAAAUUUUCUGGGAUGGGUAGAUUUAUUUACCCAUGGUGCUCCGCAGGCGCGCUUCGCGCGCGGACUCCGCUAUUAUUCCUGGAGAAUGUCUUUGACAAUAUAUGGUUUUUGGAAAAUUUACAAAAAAAUCACAAAUGACCAGGCCUUAAUCCAGGCCUUGAGUACUAAGUUUCUGGUGUUUGAAAACAUGGGGAUGAGAGCGUUUUGCAAGGCAGUUUAGUUUAGAAAUAAUGUUUGUAAGUCCAUGCAUUAUUUUACAACAUCCCUACUUGUGUUUUCAUCCCUUCAAUUAAAUGUAGGGAUAAAAAAAAAAUAAAAAGAAGAGACACUUGACAAUUUGGUAACGUUUCAAUGAUUACAAUGUAUUUCUAUUUUGUUUCGAAAGAAAGGAUAGCCAACUACAUGCUUCCUUUUUUUUCUCAGAGAUAAUCCUCUGCAAACCUAAUCCUUGUCGUCAUGGUGGCCAGUGCAUAGUUAUCAGUUCAAGACAAUUUUCUUGCGAUUGUGAGCAGACUGGAUAUGAGGGCAACCUGUGUGAAAGGGGUGUUGUAACGCCUCCUGAUUUCCCCAAACUGAUUCCGGGUCAUCCCUCAGAGAAACUGGAGAUGGGUGCAAAGCCAGAAAAUUCAUUGACAGUUAAUUUAAAUCCCACCAUGAACUUGACAAUUCAGCCUGAGAAGUUGGUAAUUCAGCACCCGGUAUCAAAGGUAGAGUUCCAAAUAACCGGUUACACUUCUGCGGUUGGAAUGGUGACAUAUAGUCUUGAUGGCGUGAACAAGUAUGAUUUCACGGCUCCACGCAAAAGCGUUGUGUUCAUAGGCCACAAUGUGUCAAGUCAAGAUAGUGUUUACACCAGCCUUGGUUUGUUAGCGGGCGAGUUACCAGUUGGGUGUCAACGGAUGGACAUGAAGAAAUUCCUAGCAUGUGAUGUCAAAAUAGCUUUUCAUACAAACUCCAACAUAUCAACCCCAACUUUAAUUGAAUCCGGUCCAGUCCACAUUAUAACAUCUGACAACAGGACUAUCCCUCUUAGCAUAGCAGGUUAUGACUUUUCUUCGCCACUUCCAUUAGAAAAAGAUAUAAUGGAAAGAUUGAUUGGGCUCACAAAUAUAUCAGAUCGAUGGCAACUUAGCAACCAAAGGCCGGAUUGUUACAAUAUUGGACUAACAGGAAAAGACCUCAUUGAAAUGAUACAAAAAGAUGCCUUCUCGAAGUCUUUCCUGAGAUACUUAACGGAUCAAUUGCCGUUGUGGUUACGGUUUCGGGUUAGAGAGGAAAGUAACCUGUUCGACAUGGGAAACAUUCAGUCCAACCUUUUUCAAACAACAGAUGCCCACCUCAGUAACACAAUCUGCAAAUUUCCCGUCCACAUACAAACCACGUUGGUUCUUUAUCGUCCAAUGGUGACUUUCAACAUCUCAGUUGAUAACAAUCGUCUUUCGUUGUCAAGCAAAGGGUCGUGUUUCGCUGCUGACAUUUGUGAACCAGGAGUUUUUCUAACGUUAUCCCAACGGGCAAGGAAAAAAUUUGCAACCAUGCAAUUUAUGCAAGACCUAACUUUUGGAGGGUGGGAAGUUUUGGUGUCUUCCUUUGGUUUUACCACUCCACGAAGAUACAACAGUUCUGUAAGCAGUGUACCAAACGGCCACUUGGUUGGAAAUUUCUCCGAUUUCUAUUAUAACUGGUGGUGGCAAGGAAUUGCAAACAUUGAUCUAAGUAACGCAGAUCAGGCUGUAAAUAUCAAACUGAGUGGAGAAGCUUUUGCUUUCACAGAAAACUUAGAUGCCGUAAGUAUAGCGCUUUCAAGAGCUGUUAGCUUUUAGCAAAACACAACUUCCAACUUUCUUUUCUUAUUUUUCAAUUUGCUGGACCAUUUUCCAUUGGUUGUGAAAAAGCUUUAUGGACAUAAUAGCCGUACUACGGUUUAUCUUAUUAAUCUUUUUCUUGUAGAUAUUUACAAGUUAUUUAUCGAAGCCAAUAAGAUUUGUCUUCCAUGGAUCAGUUGAGCUUAACAUCACCCUUCACAGUCUUGGAGAAGCAUUGCCUUUAACCUUUUACUCUAGCGACGUUAUUGGGAAAGCAACAUUCGGAGGUGUGAAAUGUUCUGUUGAUAAAAAUAAUGGCUACUGAAUUUUAUCCUAUAUCUCCUAGGAAAAGCACUUAGUGAAUGACGUAGAACAGUUUCUGGCUUAUUAAGAUGUCUUGUUAUAUUGACUUAAAGCCCUUUUUUUUCGCAUCACUUGAUCACCGCCUAUGUGUAGUAGAUCUGGUAAAUGAUGACGAGAUAGCCAAAUUUGCUCCGUACAGGCAAUACCCACGUGACUCACCAGUUUUAGACUAAAAAAUUUUCGAAGAUAAAAAAAAAUAGAAAUAGAGCAAUUAGUUUGUAAAUCUACUGAAGGUUUGUUAAAUAACAUUACAUGUUUUCUCUUUCAAUGUCGCAGGAAUCACGUUUUUGGAAUCAGGUUUCAGUGAUGAUUGCCGAGUGCCUCAGGGAUUCGUUUUCGCUCUUAAACGAUCCUCAAAACUUUUCAGAGCAAGUCCAUUGGCUUAUAUCAUCAGGCCAGAUGGUGGACUAAAAUAUCUGCAGAUCUAUCAUUCAGUGACUGGUGGUGACGUUAUCUCAGCACAGGACGAUAGCAACAACCUGAGGUUUGUGGAGUGGCAGGCCCAAGAAAUUAAACGAACUCUCCUUGAUGUUGGAAGAACUGUACCUCAACUGCAAUCCAACACAAAGCGGUGGGAGGCAGUGGCAGACGAGAUGUUAGCUGAUGCGACCAAAGCUCGACACCUUCUGUCCUCAGCUUCCGAUUGGCUGAGGCUGAAAGUGCUUGUGAAGCAGCUAGAUGACGAUAUUGAUACCAUAUCUCGCGCGUUUGACCUUCUUAUAGCUAAGUUGCAGCCCUACAGGAAUCAAACAAGUAUAAACAGUUUCAUCGAUCGUCUCAUUAAAUUAAGAGCAGACCUCCCCAGGGCUAUCUCUCUUUCUUUCUCCAAGUCUGUUAUUCAGCAGAACUUUAUAGGUCUGCGAUUUCUUUUGACUGCUCAAAUAUGCCACAAAGAGCUCUGCUUUGCAAACAUAGAUUCAAGCAUCUGGUCAUUACAUGGCAACGACUGUCACACCAGUCCAUCAAGACAAGAAGCUGGUUUACUUGUUGAAGGAACUGCUCUGGAUACAAUCUCUCUUGGUAGUCUAAUAACACUUCCAGCCGGUGGGACGUUGAAAAUGUUCCUAUCGCGUGAUCGCGACCUUGUUUCCACAACCUUUGAGGGUGUUGUUCACCUACUUGGAAUGAAGAAAAAUGCAAUGGUAAAAAUUAUUGGACGUGAGUUAUCCUUUGUCGUCUCAGGCGAUAUGUUUGGAGAGUUUGACGCACUCUUAAAUGUCAUAGCUCAAAUUGAUAACGUUGUUGACUGGGAUUCCAUAGUAUUUAGAGUGGAAGGUAGGAUGAAUAGGUCGUCAUACCUCCAUUCCCUUCUCGAAAAGAUGAUAAAAAAUGAAACUACCAUGGCAGCGAGAGAUGCAACACAAAGAUUAGCGUACUCUCAUUCAGCAUACGUUGAUGCAAAAAGGAAAGCAGACUUCGUUAAAGACGUCCUAAAGUCAAAACAGUCAGUAGUGGACAAACUGAGGGUCUGGAAAGAAAAAGCUGCUGAGGAACUCCGUCUUGCACGUCUAAAAUACCAUCUCGCUAAACUUCGGUUUAAUAGCACCUUCUAUUUUCGCGAGAACGUCCAAGGCUACAUUUGUGAGAUACAAGAGUGUAAUUACACUUGUUUAAAUGGCUGUGUCACUCCGGACCUUUGCCAGGAUCCCAUAAAUAUAACUUAUCUUGAACGGCAAUGCAACACAGUUGACAAGCCCAUAACAAUUAACGUUAUACAGAGGGAGAUUGAAAAACGCAGUUUCACAGUUCCUAGAUAUAAAACCGUCUACACUGGAAACUGUAGGUCUGGCAUCUCCAUAAAAACUGUUUUCAAAUAUGCUCGAAAGGGGGCUCAAAUUGGAAAAACAAUUGGAAAGGUGUUGAAAGGUCCGGUUGGCGGUGCUGUGGGUUUUGUUGUUGGAGGUGUAAUAGGAGGUAUCGUUGGAGCUUUCAAGAAGUCAAUAUUUGGUUGCUCCAAUACUUACGAAAAAGUGCCAGCUGAGCCUCAAAUUGUGGAGUACGACCACAAAGUAUAUAAAGUGAAAUCAGUGGAGCAGAUCAUUAAGGAAGUGAAAUGCAAUGGCCACACAAUGAGGGCAAAGCCAGGUGGAUACGGACCGCCAUACCAAUGCUGCAAGCAAUAUGGUUGUAAAACUAAAGUAAUGAACCCCAAGUGCAUCUUAGACAACGAGGAAUGUCUUCUAUCCAUGACAGAACUUAAGUUCAGGCUGGAUGCUCUGAAUGAAACACUGCAAUCGGAAUUCUUGUCUUUAAGAUCCUCUGUAGAGAGGGUCCAAAAAGCGACGUUUUCUUUUGAAAAAGCCAGAGUCCUUCAUAAGAACGCUGUUUCUCAGCUGAAACAAAUAGAAGCACACAUGAAACAAAAACUUUCAGUUGUGGAGAUCACAAAUGCUUCUAUGAUUCACACUCGACGAAUUGUUGAAUUUGGGUUGAAAAUAGCGCAGGCUAUGAAUUCCUCGGAUAAUGGGAAAGUUAUAGACGUUGACGACCUGCACUUUUCUCUUUCCGUGGUAUCUGGGGACGCCAAGCAGAUUGUUGUGCAAAGUAAUGCAAGCACACUUAGUGGAAAACAAGUGCCUGUCCGCUUUCUUCUUAAUUUCGACCAGAUGCAACGUUCAGUUUCUUCGGCAUCUAAGAACAUUAUUGUCGACUUAUUUGGUGGAAAACACGCAAGAAAAAAGCGAUCAGCUGCAGAAGACUCAGCAGGUCCUACACAUUCUGUGCACUCGAGCUUUAUGGAUUACCCGUACGCGUGCCUUUUUGUCGACAACACAAACUUGUACUUCAGCUACAUGUUCAAAUCUUUGCAUACCCUUAUUUCUUCAGUCAAAGGGUUACACCAAGACCUGACGUUUGGAAUACACGACCUUGAGCUUCUAUCCCAGACAAUGAAUGCUACCGGUUCUUUUUCGAAUGCCUCAAAAACAGCAAAUAACUACAGCAAAGAAUAUCUAAACAGCUCUUUCGUAACAGGAUUCCUAGAAGUCAUACAGGUGUUAAAAGACGAGAAUAUCAAGCUGAUGAAUGGUUCUUCUCAAUCUUGGAAUGACACUUUUGAGGCUUGGAGAGCUUUCCUGGAGGUAUACACCUUAGAAAAGGGCUUUGAAGAGUGCUCUGGCACUCAAGACUGCAUCAAAUACUUCUUCGAGGGAGCAAAGGAAUUUUAUGAGUUCGAAAGCAGUCGGAGGGCACUUGAGAUUAAAGAUGCCCUGCCUCGACUUAAAAUCGUGAUUCAGUCAUUAACAACUCAAGCCCUGAGUAUGGAGGAAGCAGAGCAGGCUCUCAUUCUCGCCGAUUACUUAUUGAACAAAACGCUUGAUGACUCCGUUUUGUGUGGAGGAUCACCAAGCAUAACGUCUUCAUCUCAAGGUGAGGUUAUCAUUUUCCCUGGAGAUAGCCUUUCGCUAAAUUGUAGUGCAAAGACCGAAGAGAUCCUAACAUAUACUUGGCGACGAAAUGAUAAGACCAUUAGCAAAUCAACAUUUGGAGCUUUCUCGAUAGACGCCGUCACCAAGGAUGAUGAGGGGGCUUAUGUCUGUGAGGUUUCGAACAAUAAAGGAAACACUUUGUCCAAUGUGACAAUAGUCAGAAUUCAUAGCAAGCCUGUGAUCACUGAACAUCCACAGCCACACAGAGUAGUCUUUAGAAGCCAAAUACCAGUGACAUUUAAGUGUAAUUCGACUGCCGUGCCAUUGCCUACUUUCCAGUGGUUCUUUCAAUCCAAAAACGCAUCCACUGUUAGAAUUAACGAAACCAGACCUGUGUUAUACAUCGCCGACCCUCAUCUUUACCAGGAGGGUUAUUACUUUUGUGAAGCAUCUAAUGAACACGGUACAGCAGUCAGCCAAAGAGCGCGACUAGAUGUUUUAAACUACACAGUUGGCCUUCCACGAUUGCUGAUUACUUUUAACCUGACCAACCUCUGUUGGCUAACAUCUAAUUCUUCCAACAGUUCUGCCCCAGAUUCGCAAUUAUGUGAUGGAUUACCUUCAUCACUGGACGACAAUCUGACUGACAGCCUCCUAAAUUCCCUGGCAACAUCGCUGAAUUUGUCCACUUUUUCAGUCUCUGAUCUGACCUACUAUUCAGAAAAUACGUCAAAGCCGUAUUUGUUAUUCACUAUCGACCUUGAUAAAGACUUGUUAAAGGACGAAAACCUUACAACCUUUACAAAAGUAGCUGAAGCGAUUGCUAUUGGUGAAGCAAGGAUGGUCGAGAAUCUUCAAAAGUUCAACGAAGACGUACUUAACAAGACCUUUAAGGUUUCUUGGAACUCCACCACUCUCCUUGUUGAACCUGGAAGUAUAUUCGCCUACCCGUUAUCACCCGAAUGUCCCGAAGGACAGUUCCUUAGUGGUAACGGUUUUAUUUGUGGUGAGUUGCGUUCUACAUUGGUGACUUUAAUAGAUGUGUUAAGAAUGACAAUUCCAUUUGGUUCGUUGUUCAAAAUCCGUAUAGCAUCAUUGAUCCAUCGGAAAAAAAACAGUAUAUUUGAUCCACCAGAAAAAAAAAAUUAUCCAGUAUAGUAUGGAGAAGUAUGGAGAAAUCAAUAACGCUAUCCAGUAGAUAGAAAUUGAUCAGGUGUUUAAUGUUUUCGCCACCUUUUGAACAACUGGGACCAGAAGAAUCACGUCAUCAUGCCGACUUUUUUGUCUCGGUCGUUAUUUCCUAUUGUUUGGCCCCGACUUGGGGGAUAGUUGUCCUAGAAAAAUGACGCUCAUGAUUUCACAUGUUGUUUAGAUAGGGUUUUUUGAAUCUUAACAUAUAUUGCGUUAAGCUAACCCAACUCGUCUGAUUUUUUUUAAUUGAUUACUCUACUAAAAGUAUACGCUCUAGGUUAUUUACGCUAUUAAUUUCAAGCUAAGUGAAAUGUUUUCUUUUUUUUUAGCAAACUGCCCAGCCGGUCUAUACUACAACCUUGAAAAUGACACCUGCGUUGAUUGUCCACAUGGUACAUAUCAAACAAACCAAGGUCAAAACGAGUGUAUUCGUUGUGGCCAAAACCUCACAACAGCUAUGGAAGGAACUGUAGAAGAACAAGGCUGCAUCGGUAAAGUAUCCGACUUUGAUUAUUUGGGUGCGUAGUUAUUACUUUGACAUAUGUUUACCGAAGGUUUCAUUUUAUCAAAGGUCGGUCAUUCAUUUGUCUUUAGGCUAAUCACCCUCGAUACCUUGCUUUAAGGUAAAAUUUCACUUGAAUUCUGCAAAGGCAAUCGAGGCAAAGAGGGCUAAUUAGCAAAAACAACCGACAAUUUGACUCAGACAAUACACUACUGUUAAACUGUGACAAUCGAAACGCACCAAUGAUAUUUCAAGUCUUCAUAGCCAAUAACAUCACGGUUUAACUGACAGACGACCAAUAACAUCGCGACUUAAUUGACCAAUCAGGUCAAUGACCAUAGUUUGAUACCAUCAACUGACGUGAUACAACUCACUUUGACUGUGAAGAUCACUACCAAACAGGUUGUCGAAACGUCAGUGACUGUCAACAACAGUCCUAUUCAGGACUACGUUCACCCGGACGAUUAUGCUCAACGUACUUAUGAAAUGACUUCUGGGUUCAAACCUUUCACAAAAGCAGUGUUGUUGCCAAUUUAGAAUAAGAUGUAUGAAUUUUUAGCGGUCCGGUUCAAACGCAACUUCAUAAAAGUGCAGGACCUAAUUGAUAGAUAAGGCGAGAUAGGAAAGUGAUGUUUUACGUUUGUGUAGGUUGGUUGGCAAUUUCAGUUUUGUGCGGCAAGAGCCAGCCGUGGAGGCCUCGUCGCACAAUGUUUGAAAUGGGCCUUAACCACUUUAAUGUCACUAUUAUACUAUUCUUCUCUUCUUAGCUGACUGUCCGAGUGGUUCAUUCGCAACACUGAACAGAACGUGUCUUCUGUGUCCUCACGGUACAUACCAACCUUCAAGAGCUCAGCUAUCUUGCAUAUCAUGUGGUCAAAACCUGACCACCGCAACAACUGGAACGGUGAACAAUAAGCACUGCAUUGGUAAGUUCAAGGUAUCAAAAAGAUUGGGUUAGGCCCCAUAGCCUCCAAUUGACACCGUGGAGUCAAUCUUCCCUGCGAUUUAAGAUCUUGUCUCAGUUCAUUGACCGCGUCUUAGGGCGGUGACGUUAGGCCGUUGGCUUUGUUUCCUUCAUCCUUCCUCACAAAUUGAACGGAGACAUAAUAGAACCCAUACUGCUGUUAGAAAAGGGUAGGGACGUGGGGACCCCGUUGGGGUGGUUUAUGUCUCAUGAGGAAGGGGACUGUCACACGGACCAACAGUAUUUGGCUUCACGCUGUUGAGAUUAACCUGCCAAAAAUUGGCGAAUCCUAAUAAAAAUAAACAAAAUAAAAAAUUUUGUCUCCUGAUCAAUAUUAAGUCACAUGAAAAAUUUUCAAGUCUUUAUAAAGCAUCCUCAGGGCUCCGAACAUUCGCUUCUUUAACACCUUUCUGUUCGACAAUAAAUCAAAAGUUCUCUGAUCAGUGUCUUUUUUCUCUAUUUAUUUGGCCUUUAGAAAUCUGUCCUGCUGGAUCUUACUUUAGUACUGAGAAGGCCAUUUGUGUUGAAUGUCCUCUUGGUACUUACCAACCUAUUCAAGGUCAAAUGAAAUGCAUCCCCUGCGGCAAAAACCUAACUACAGCUUUGCUUGGAGCAGUGGAAGAAUCAUAUUGUAUUGGUAACGUAUCCGUGUGUUAUGCGAAAGUUUUUAGCGUCUUACGACGAAACAUAUAUAGCACUAAAGCAGCGCAAUAAUGUUUUCACCCCCUUGGUUUUUAGUGAUUUUUCCCUUCUCUCUGAAUGUUCCCUUCCCCCUCCCAAUCAUUUGACGCAUUUGAUUAACAGAGGUUCAAUGAGAAGUGAGCAAUAGCCUCUCCCCUCCGCAGAGAUCUCUUUGUGUCGCAGGGAGGCUGGACAGAGGAAAAAAAGAAAGCGCGUAGGAUUGCCAUUUUUUUUUCUGGAAUACCUAGAGGGAGCCUCGGCGGAGGAUAGAGAUCAAUAGUUGUUUUACAGGCUGAAACAGUUAAAUUGGUCGUUGAUAAUGAAUUGAUGAAUUGUCAAGCAGUAAAAUAUUGGGGAGCAAUUGUGGCCUGGGUUCAAAUCCCGGAGGCGACGCCAUACAGUAUAUUGGUGGAACUUUGUUGUGGUUCUCGUUCUUGCUCAAGGACGUUUUUCCCCUUACCUCUUGGGUCCCUCUCCCCCACCCCCCCUCCCCUUCGCCACCCCCACAACCCUGCUAGCAGAGGUUUCUUUCCCGUCGUGGUUCUAAGCAUUUACAAAGUCGUUCGUAUAGCCGACAUUUGCGUAGUUACCUUAUGACAGCGACGCGAACGACUGCGCAAAUGCUAAAAUCCAUGCCGGAAAGGAAAAAAAAACUACCUUUUGAGUGGAAGUUUCUUUCCGGUAUGUAAUUUAGCAUGUGCGUAGUCGUUCACGUAGCUGUCAUAAAACCACGCAAAUGUCAGCUACGCGAACAACUCCUUGAAUCCUUAAGGGGGACAACCGGAGUACUGAGAGAAAAACUUCUCAAUCUCUACAUAUUUUGGCUACGAAGGUCAGGUAGCAGUGAAAAUAGUAGUAAAAUGAGUUUUACUUUCUCUUCCCUUUCUUACGCGAAUCUUUGCAGCGGACUGUCCAGCUGGUUCGUACAGUUCCCUCAACAGAACGUGCAGCUUAUGUCCUCGUGGCACUUAUCAACCUUCAAGAGGGCGCCCAUCUUGCAUUUCCUGCGGACCUAGCUUUACCACUCAUUCAAGUGGAACAGUGGAUAAAGAGUACUGUAUAAGUAAGUCGAUUAAAUCAGCUGUAAUAUUUCACGUAGCGUACGUCAAAUUCUUGUGUAUUUCGGGUCCCAAUUUUCUCCAUAAGCGUGUCUACUCGGACAGCCACAGAAAACAGCGACUUAAAAAAAAAUUACGUGAAGUGGUAGACAUUGUAGACAUAGUGACAUUGAGACUUUAUUCGUUUCUCAUUUAAACCUUUUUAGGCGGAAUUACAAAGAGCAGAGAAAUAACUACUUCUUUCGUAAGAAAUUAUUACAAGUCUUAUUAUGUUGCACUUGGAUUAUUUCGUUAACUUAUUUUCUCGAACCAACCAGGCUUUAAGCUUUAAAUACCGCCGAGAGUAAAUAAAGACCAUUUACUUUCAUCGUUAUUUAUUUAUUUAUCUAUAACUUUUGUAUCAACACAGGUGUUAAAUCGCCGUCUCCCCCCAGAAUUAUUGAAAUAAAGGUAACGAUGGCGUUUUUUGUGUUUAUUGCUUCUGCAAUGUGAGGUGAAGGGCGAUGUUGCGCGCUCUCCUGUCUUGUAAUAAAUUAUGUUGUUUCAAGUUGCGUGAAUAAAUACUUACUUCUGAUUGGAUAAAAUUCCUGAAGGGUGCAGCGCUCCCUUUUUUGCUCUUUAAUGCGGCGGUUAUUCAAGGGGGCGCUAUUUAGAUUAAGUACGCUUUGCAUAUCCUUAUGAAUGUAUUUUAUAUUCUAAGCGAUAAUUCACUAGAUUAACUGUUUCUUAGUGAAAUGUUUUGCUGUAUUUCUUCUGAAUCAUAUAAAUAAUUUUAUGUUCAGCUGUUCUUAACCGAAAAGCUGGUUUCUCCGGAUAUCAUGAAGAGCAAGGAAGAAAUUCUGGAGCUGAUCAAAAAGGAAUUGUCAAGAUUUUUUGGUGUAAGAACGAUCUUUAUUGCGAAUUGAAAGUGUAAAGUUAUUUUUUGUUGGCUUAGGGAGAGUUUAAGGUGGCUGAACACCAUUAGAUUAGACAAACAUGACCAUGACGAACACGACGGCGAAAAAGCAAUGGAACACAGAAGACGAUUUCUCAAAAUCUACUCAUCAGAAUUUUGUGAUAUUUGGCAGAAUUUUUCCUUUCAUCGUAUUUUAAGUAAUGAGAACUUUAAAAUAGAAGUUGAACAGACGAAUUUUGUGACACAUUUAAUAAUUAUAGUACAAUUAAAUUAUUGAUUAUCUAAAAACCCGUCUGUUAAAAUUUGGUCAAAUAAGUUUCAAAGGAAAAUCUAAUGAGCGAAUUUUAUGUAAAAUGAGAAAAAGUGAAAUUUUAAGGUUGUAUUCAAUCGUUCAUGUUGCCAUGGAAACUACGAAAACGUCAAUUGCCAUGAUUUGGCAAAUGAGACAUAAUCACAAACUGCCAAAACUGUGUUCAGCCACCUUAUAAUGUUACAGUUGACCACACCCUCGGGUAAAACAUAGGUGCUUUUCAGUAACCCAUCUCAAGUAAAAAGAAACCACAGACUUUUAGAGGGAAUCAGGAGCCCUAAUCCCGAUUAUGGCUCCUGGUGGGAACUAAAUUUCUUCCCCCUCCCCCGUAGUAAAACAUUUAAGUUCCCAUUUGUUUCAUGCUGCAUUCAACUUAGCCUGCGAAUACAGCUGUUUCUCCUUGAUCCUCGCCACUCAGGACGUUUGACGAAGAGGGAAGUCUGCGACUCAGCGACAGAAAUUCCUUGCUUAUGACGUCAAAUCUGUCCGGGUUCUGGUCAGGAGUUCUGAUUGGUCGACGUAGUAGUUAUAUUGUUUUAGCUAUUGUUUACGAAUGACAGACAAAAGACAAAAGGCCACAAAUAUCAAAUGUAAACAUGAUGAAUCUACCACAAAACAGUCAAUAUUCUUAGAAUAUGUUCUUCUUUAGAAAAAGCAUCUAAGUUUGCUGGAGCUCGUUCGCAGAAGAACACAAAACGUUACCAUAAUAGACCAGGAGAAACACAAAAUCAAACAAUUUUACAUUUGGAACACCAUGACAACCGGAUUUAUUAUGUAAACAUUGAUUUACAUCCUUAGUAUGGCAUUUCUGUCGUCGCUGAGUCGCCGACGUUCCUAGGAGAAACGGCUGUAUUCAUAGGUUACAUUCAACUAUCAUAGGAAAACAAAACUAAAUGUAACUUGGUAGAGAUACAAUUGAAACUUUCAUUUUUUUACAUGGGAUAAAGAGUAUUUACUCGCUUACUUCUUUUUUACAGAUGUUCUUAGGUAAUUAAGUUAAUUUUUUUGUUUUUUGUUUUUAAAUAAAAUCAAAUUUACUGCAAAACAUACACAUACAAUAUUGACUGGAAUAAGGUAUGAAAGAGCACUUCUUGUACAGCUAUUCUAACACGUUAGAAAAUUUAUAAGGAUGUUGUUUGCUUUAAUUAUUGAUAUUACUGUAUAACAACCAACAUUUUAGGCCUCGGCUCCUUUUUUAAAGGGAAAGGCAAAAGAUUGAGGUUAGGAUUAGAAUUGUUUAUAUUUUUAAAACCUUAGAUAAACGAUUCUUUUUCUUAAAUCAACAGACAGGUGUUGUAACUGAGAAGAAAUCUGAAAUGAAUGUAACUAAAUAUGGAGCAGAGGUAGGCACCUAAUCUUUUAAUUAUUCAGUUGAACGUUUUAUCUAAACUUGGAAAGUUCAAUGCUGGUCAUCAAUUUAAAAAUUCAUUUUUUUCUUUAGGUCUUUCUGUUUAUAAAUGCAGCAGAUAUCGAUGAGAGCCGCUUACAAGAACUGAUGAUUAAAGGGAUUGUAAUUGAAUACCGCGGGGAAAAGGUAUGAAAGCCAAAGGCAUUGGAAAAUAUCGGUUAAUUUUGAUCAAAUAAAGUAAACCUUGAAAAAAUAAAGAAAAUUUUGAUGAAAUAACGGAGCUAGCGCUUUCAUUCACGUGUCAAAAAAUUGUUACAAUUGCCUUUUGCCCAUCACAAGACCCAACCCGAGAAGGAAAUUGAUCGGAACAUACACCAAAAAAAUGUAGCUGGCACGAUCGGGAAUUAUUGUAGCUGACGCGAUCGGGAAUUAUUUUGACGAAGCAAACGUAGUAUAGUAGGGACUGGUUGGGCCUUUGGGGGCAGAAAUGCCAUAAGGAAGGGCAGGAAUACAUUAACAACGAUUACGUCGUAGCCUUUCGCCUUUGCAUCAUAAAUAAACUUGCGAUGGAAUGUCAUUUUAAAAAAUAAGGUGAUGUGCUAUCUUUAGGCGGUUUAACCGGUUUAACAAGUUUUAGGUCGAUGAAUGUUUUGGGUAAUGAUUGGUUAGCUAAAAACUAAGUAAAGUAUUCAUUGGUUGAUUCAUGUUUUCGAGGAAAUAAGAGCUAACUCCUGUGACUUAACAUCACUGAACCGUAACGCAAUAAUGCAAGACCUAUUUUCUGCCCUUUCGUUGUCCAUUGCAGAAAACAAAUUGUUCCACAUCCGGUUCACGGUUUCUUGGGGUGCAAAUCGUGCAUAAUUAAUGAAGGCGAAGGCAAACUAGCUUUUGGUGAUACUGAACGACAUUUUUUACUUACCUCUCUCUCCCUUUUCUUCUACUCCACAAUUAAUAUUUUGCUCCCCCUCAAUUUUUUCCCCUCUAGCACCACCACAUUUCUAAUGUUUUUCCCGAAAUGUAAACUAAGAAACUUUGCGUAUUCCUCUUUUUAGAUGCAUUUUACUGGAACCUUAAUGACGGAGGCUCCACCAUCGGUUUCUGAUCACACAAAAGACGAUUCGGGCGAAUUUAAGGGCCAGGAAGACUCAGAGAAGUUACCAUGGAAACUUCCCGUCAUUAUUGGUGGACCAGUCGCUAUAGUCUUAAGUAAGCCGAGAUUUCCUGAAGUAUAUAUCCACUGUACCACUACACCACCUUUGGGGAAAAAAAUACAUAUUUUCAAUGACUUGCACAUUAUAAAUAUGCACAAAAUACAAAAAUAAAUUGCCUUGGUUUGCUGAUCAAAAUUUAAGGCCACCCGGAAGCUCUUACAAAGGACAAUCUCCGACAACUUUACCUAUGGCAGCCUUGACAAGGCCCCACAUAAUUCACUUAAAAACGCUGCAUUUGCAAUUAGACUUUUUAACGAGACCAAUUACUCAUAAUAAGAGUAAUCAUUCCGGUGUAUUAGCAGAGUUCAGUACGUAUAAGCGUGCUAAGCUUCCCAAACAAUCCAUCUAUCUCUAACGAACGUUCACGAAGACUCUUCUCGUUCGUACAGUGUCCCUAAAUGGUCAACUCCAAUCAGGUACAUAUUUUUCUGUUCUCUGAGGGUGUCCGCUGCAAUUGUAUUUGUCUAAGCGUGCGCAUUUUCCUCCAUCGACACUUUCUGUCUUUCCCAAUUUUUAAAACCUGGGAGAGAUCCUUAAACAUUCUCUCCUCCAUGCCUUAAGUGGCACAGCAAAACAGAUUUUGGCACUAAUAAGUUGUAGAAAAAGGGAAUAAUAAUUCCUCAUUUCUCCUCUUUCUCAGUACGUCCGCCAAAAGUAACAGUAAAAUUGGCCUUUUGACUCGGACAGAAGUAAAUAGAAAAUGUAAUCCAGGAAGUGGUUACACUCUUCGCGAAACCUCUGUUUUGCUGCUGCCGAGUAGCCCCUUCCCGAUUAUAUAUAUGCUAGCAUUUUUUUUGGCAUUAUUUGGUUAAACAAGCAUUUUUUCACACUUUUUCUGUAAAUUAAAAGAAUUUCUCGCAUUACUUAGCAUUUUGCAUAACUCUGAUCUAGAUUUCGGUACUCAGAAGACUUUUAAUGCUAAAUUUUAGAAUUUAAAAGCAUGUGAUGAUUUGCUUUUGUGGUUGAGAGAAGAAUUUCUGUAACUGAAGAUGGAACUGACUCGAAAGAAGUCUGGACCUAGCUGGUCAGCGGUUAACUUUCGGAGGCCGUUCACGCAAGAUGGUCUCGGCCAGUGCCACGCCAUCUUUUUGAAACAUAGAAGGAAUAGAUCAGUCUCUUCGACCUUCAACGGUAGCUCGAGAUCGAUCUUAAGAAUCAACCAAUGGAGAGUACAAGCGGAGGGGAAACAGCGAUACAACGAAAGUCCCGUUACAUGAGCGCGCGUCAUGUCACAGUACAACAGGCGCUAAGGACUUCGAACAUUGGUUAACUGUUUAUCAUUGGACAAGUUUUGGCUGUAUCAGAAGUUUUAUAAACAAACAAUUAAGCACUUUUCAUUUUAUUCAGUCGAUAAUAAGCACACAUUAUGCCUGAGUUUGUACGUUUUGCUUGAAAUAAAACUAAGCAUUUUCUGGAACCAAAGAAGCAUUAUUUUGAGAAUCUAGCAUAAUUUGAGCAUUUGUUUGGCGUAAAGCGAGAAUUGUUAGGAGCAUAAAAUGCCAGUUUUACUAGCAUAAUCGGGAAAAGCUUACUGCCGAGUCACUUCCAGUAUGAAACUUUAAUUCAAUAGGUUGGACAAGUAGGAAAAAUUCAACUGAUUCUUCACAUUGAUAGGUGUGUCGGUUUUUUUUUCUGAGAGCGUUGAGACUUUGUCACUGUGCAUGCAACCACGCUUGAAAUAUAAAGAAGUAAAUUAAGACCACAUAUAUGUUCAAAGAUAUUAUCUACUUCUAAUGUCAGAUGGUAAUAAGGGUUUUUCAAUUUAUCAGUUGCAGUUCUUGUGGGUUUGGUCCUUUGGUGCAAGAGUCGAAAGACGAGGAAAUCAAAGCCUUCUUCUGCACCAACAUCGUGUCAGUUUGAUAACCCCACUUAUGAAACAAACGAAAAUCCUCCGGAGACAAAGGAGGAUGAUUACUAUUCAAGCAUUCAGUCAGAUAAUGAUCCUAGGUACGCUGAAGGUGAGAAGUACCCUGGAAUACAAGAGAACGAAUAUGCAUCGCUGGAUGAUUACAGCAUUUAUGUCAAUGUCAAUCCGCAACCUUCUGUUGCAAGGCAGGCUACUUUUAAGGUUAACUCUGCAUAUGAAGGGAAAUGAACUAUUUACUUUCAGGCGAAUCACAAGGAGCCUUUGUAGCUUUCAUUUGCUUAUUCAUAGAGAUUUUGCACUUGAGCAUGCAUGAUUAGCGCGUUUAGUUUUCUGUUUCUCGUGAUAAGCACCGUCACGUGAUUAAUUUCUGUGAAUGGCCUUUUGCCAGGACCGAUACAGAAACGGGACUUACGUCUAUCAUGGAAAAUAGCCAGUGACAUGGUCUCUUGGUUAUUCACCGUACAUUUCAGGAUUUUUUCAAAGUAAGGAUACGCAAUAAUUUAGUAACCUUGGAAACUUUGAAAAUCUUAAGAUAGAAUAAUGAGAAAAACUAAUCCCCUCUUUGCCUGAGAGUAAUUUUUUCAGUCUUUUUUUAGUUAAUAAACAAAGGUUUAGUUAUACAGAAACAAGUAAAAAAUAACGCAGAUAAGACGGAACGACGUUUCAGUGUCAUCUUGACGCCAUUUUCAAGUUCGAAAGUGAUUGCUGAUAAACUGAUCGACAAAAAUCUUUUUGGAUAAUGGUCAGCAUAUAAGAAAUAUGCAAAGUCACGCAAAACGUUUGCUCAAAUUGAGUCCGAUUGGACACUUAGAGAAGAUUUUAGUUCCCUUAUUAGCAACAUCUCGUACACUAAACAAUCAAACUUCUUGUUGCCCUCCUUAAGAACAGAGAACUGUUUGUCAAGAUCUUUCGGGACAGUAGAGUGUUUAUCCUUAUGAUGUUUGUCAGUGGAGGAGGACAUAUUUUUCUGUUGACCCACGCGCUGGUGUAAGACUGCGUGUAAACGGACGCAACAUUGUUGACCAACAACUCCCAGCAUUGUUGGAUGUUACAUGCUGCGUCCGUUUGCACACCCUGUUGCAUGUUGCUGGAAGUUGUUGCGUCAUAUCGCGCAGAGUUUGAAACCGGUCAAACUUUUUAGCCAAGUGACUCUUAACAUUUCUUUUGUUCCGUGAUCGCCGAAGCGUAGUGCAACAAUGUUGGAUCCGUUUGCACAGCUCUUCCAACAUUGUUGGGGCCACGCACGCUCAUUACGCAUGGUUUACAAAGACUUAUGGGCUGUAUCCUUCCCACGAUGCACUGUAGGUCACAACAUUGCUGGGACUUGUUGCUUCCGUUUGCAGACCACUGCCAACACGCACGCAACAACUCCUGGGAGUUGUUGCCGGUCCGUUUGCACGCAGCCUAAGUGCCUCAGUGUAUAACCUAAAUAACCCGCAUAGCGCAAGUCCAAUGAAAUUGAUAAACUACACACUGUUGGUUUACAAUAGGCAGUUUUUUCUCAUAACUUUAAAGACCUCUUGGAUCUUGUUGCUAACGAAAACUGGUUGAACGACUGUGUGAAUCUUCUGGCUAAAUAUCCGAAACAUCUUAUCACUAGUA